AUUUCUCAGCUUUAUCGACCAGUCGGCGGCGCUGUUGCAACCGGCAACCGCCGCCGCGAACCUACCGUUCCGCCGGCCGUCCCCACUCUACACGCGCGCCGUACGACUACCCGGCACAUUCUUUCCCUUUUUUUUUUUUUACGUAAACGCUCACGUAUACGUUCCGACUCUCUCGGUCGCACUACUACGGCGAGGCCCGUUCUCAUUCUGUCGCUGUCACGCCGUCUCGCUCUCUCGCUCUUUCUGCUCGGGUUCCGUCUUCCUGAUCGUCGUCCUCCGCUGCCGCCGCCGCCGCCGCCGCCGUCUCGUCCCUUUUUGCACGCGGGCAACAGGUUAAAACGUGCACAGACUCGCGCACGGCACAGAGCAGACGCCGCCGCCGGACGGCUUUUCUGUAUACCUAUAUGAUUUCCAGACAACAAUCGGUGUUCUGCCGGACCAACGUGUUAUUACGGUACAUAGAACGGCUAGAUAUUAAAAAUAUAUGAAAAAAAAACAACUAAAACGGCCCUCUGUCUAAUAUUAAUGUCAUUAUAAUAUUAUUAUUGUGUCCCGCAGGAAAAUGUCGGUGUUUACGGGACGGCCGGACAAGCACAGGGGAGUGAUCGUGACGUCCGCGGCGGAAGAUGAACGUCCGCAAGACUCGUCGACGACGGCGGAAUUCGGUCCGAAGCUCGCGAGUAAAUUGUUUGCAUUUUUUUUUUUUAUUAUUAUUGCUUUGUUUCAAGGACGCGGCACGGCGUCCGCCGGUCCAUUGGUUCCCAAACCGGCUGCCGCCGCCGUGACCUCCAUAAUAACAACGUAGAGUCGUUACGUGGUUUCUUUUAACGAUAUCAGAACCGGUCGGCGGCGGCAGUCUAAACUUUCGACGCGCGCGCGUUUUCCCGAAAUACGGGCAAAUUUUUUUUCGGCAAUCCGCAGUUCUCUCGGAACGCUCGGGAAAACAGUCGUCCCGUGUCGAACGUGCGCGCGCGUGAUGUAAUCGGUGCCAAACGGUCGCGCGGCACUGCCGUCGCGGCCGUCCCGCCGACGUCGGAAAACCGGUUGGAUGCACCGCACCGGAGAGUGUUUCAAGUCGAACGCGCGCGCGCGCACCGCUCUGUCCGCUCGACGACCGCAGAGCAGUCCCCCUUGAACGGCACAAUCGCUUCCCCUCCGCCGUCGCCGCCGCCGCCGCCGCCGGUUUUUACGAAUACUAUCGUAGCCUUAUGUGCGCUUUCCGACGAACGACGGACGGACGAGAUGUUUUGUGUUUAAUUUUUUUUUUUUCUUCUGAUAAAGAUGGUUUUUUUUUCUCUUUCCUCCGACACUCACCUCGUCGCGCGCGCCAUAUGGUCGCGCGUAAACUCCUCGCGACGCUUACGAAAAUGGAAAAAAAAAAAAAUUGAUUAUCACUCGUGUUUUGUACACGGGUUUAUUCUUCUUUCUAAAUCGUUCGCCGCGUUGCAUGGCAAUAAUUAUUACGCGGCGACGGAAAACAACGCGCAAACGACGGCGUUCGCCGGAUAAUCGUGUAAACGUAUAUACGUAAUACACGACAUUUUCGACGACCUUUGAUUUAUUUGGCGCGUUAAUAACACACGAUUCGUUCGGCAGUACUAUUAGAUUCCGAGCGCAGUUGGAAUUUCGUCUUAAAACGCUUAAAAACCGUCACGAAAAAAAAAAACAAAAAAAAUAAAAACGGAGACCGACAUACUUUGCACGACAGGCGGGACAUUGUUUGUAUAUUUGACGUUGGGAAGGCGGGAUAUAGAGGGGAAUUUAAUGUGUAUCAGAACGCAACGAUGAUAACGAAAAACAUUCUGAACAGAGUUACGAUUUUCGUUAAAAUUCGAUACUAUUAAAACUCUUGCAAAAAAAAAAAUACUACAUUAAAUUCAUCUUUAAAAUUAAUUAUUUAAUUAAAAAUUAUUAAAACAUUAAAAAUGUUUUGAAUUGUUUUGAAAAUUUCACUGCGUAUAGAAAAGGCAAUUAUAAAACUUAUGUUUUUGUUGAAAUUUCAACUCUACGAAAAUCUUUAAUUGAAUUGCAACAAAAUUGAAGAUAAUACAUUUUGCAUAUUUUCCCUUCUUUCCUACGUUUUUCCCCAAUUAUUAUAAAAAUGCUUGGAAUAUUAAAAAGUGGUUUAUAAGAGAGUUAAUACUUAAAUAAUCGUACUUACUACACUUGAAAAUCUGAACAUGUUUUCUGGAAGAAAAAUUGUUCAGAGAUAAAAAAAAAAGUUAAAACAAAUUAACAUCAUCGCUUCGCUCAGAAUCUAAUACUACUGAGUAAAUACACCGAUCAGUUUUUGUUCAAUUUUCCUAUCAGAAAUCUUGCUUCGAUCAAAUAGUAACGAGGGAAUUUUUUUUUUAGAAUUUCGAUUUUUUGGUGAAUGGACAGAUAACUUUUUUGAUUUUCUAAGCACUAGUGAAAAAUCGAAAAAAAAAAACCGGAACAAGAUUAGGGUGAAGAUUACUUUGUGAAGUUCGUAUAAAAAAAAGUUUACUAAGUAUGAAAAAAAGUAGUGUUUUUAAUUUUCCAUUUAGUAAGUAUUCUUCAUAAUAAGAGAGAAAAAACGACAAAGUUUACAGCGUUUAUAUAGUUUUAUUGCCGUUUAGUUGUUAUUCGAUUAAAAAUAAUCGUAAAAACCUAACAUUUUCACGUUAUACUCUAAUGAGCCUUUUCUGGACGUAAUAAAAAUUAAUAGUCUGGUGAUUUUUGGGCAUUUUAUUUCACGGUGAUGAAUACUAUUAUUGUAUCGGUCAAUUGAAAAGUUGAAGAUUUAACAAAAGGUUCAUCAUAAGUUGCAUUUGAUUUUUAAAAAAAAAAAAAGUUGGACGUAAUGUAGUAAUGUAUUUUUCAUAAGCUUUUUAAGUCCAAAUUUUGACGGAAACCGUAAAAAAUCGAGGCAUUUCAAAACGUGUACGUUUAACCGAACCCCGCGAAGAGUCGUAUUUCAGCAAUGAUUUAUCGUUUCGUAUGCAUACAGGAAACAAAUUUGUGUAUCGUUACUUCCCACCGUUUUGUUUGUCGUUUUCUCUAUUUACACUCGUGUUUAUUUUAACCAUAAUAUUAUCAAUACUUAUAUAAGUAUUAAUAUUAUUAAACUUGGGUACGCGUUUUGAUAUAUUUUUUUUUUCAUUUUUUUUUUACGAGGUAUCGCGUACAUGACUCACGCGUACGCGUUAAACGUUUUACUCCCGCUAAAUUCAUAAUCAAAGACCUUGGUUCGACAACCGUGAUUAGGUAUUCUGUACUAUUCUUGCGAAAACGUACUUUUCGACAGCAUAUUAUAUUAUAAACGAAAAAAAAAAAGUUUAUAUUUGAACGUAAAAAUCGCACGAAUCCGAUGUUAUAUUACAGAUAUUUUCUCGGAAAAUUUCCAGCGAAUUUGAUUUCUGUGUUUUUCGAUCAUCAUCGAACCGUCAAUAGCUAUCUCCGAAUGUAUACCCGUCGUUCUUUGAACGUGUUUUCGGCGACUGAUAUAAUUUUAGUUUCAGUGCCUGACUGAUAACAACAGGCAUUAAAAAUUAUUACGGGAGUGCGAAUAGAAGCGUCACAGCCGCGUAGGUAUAUUACCCCCUGCACACAAUCGACAAAAUAGUACAGAGUCUUGUAGAGACGCCACAAAGAUAAUUGAUUGCAUCGUACAUAAUUAAGUGAUUAGUCAUCACAAUAUAAACACCUUGAUAAUAAAACAUAAUAAUAAUGCAUAAGGAAAGCAUACAUCAUUUUAAAAAUUAAUAACAAUAUAUUAGCAAUAACAUUAUUACGUGACAAAAUUAAAUUGUGUAGACAUCGUGAUAGCUGCAGAGGAUGUGUGUCGUAAGUUAUCGCGUUUAUCAAAUUGUGCGAAAAUAUUAAAUUAUAAUAUUUAGCGAGGAAACAUAAAAGUCGCAAUAACUUUAAUACGGAAUAUUGAUUAUGCUGUUUUUCUACCCCUCCCCUCCCCACCACUAUAAAUAGGGUGUAAGAAAGUGUAUUGGUAUACUAUACUUACUCAUUUAAGGUAUAAGGAGUAGGGGUAAAAAAAUCAAAAAUACAGUGUUCAAAUAAAGUUUAAAAUAUUCACUUUACGAUGUAUACGUAAUGAUUGAAAAAAAUAAUGAACAGAAAUCUCAUUUAUUGAAAAUCCUUCUAGAAGAUCACGAUAAAUUGAUCACUUUGUACAGGUAUACAGUUUCCAAUGGUAAGUAACUUUCUAAGUAUACAGUUUCUAGUAACCAAAUGGUUUUCUUGUUUGGACAUUUGUUUUUCACGACAAUCAGAUAGAUACAAUACAGUAUAAAAUGUGCGAUCAGAUGAAUCCGAAAAAAUAAAAAUGGUUUUUAUUGUUCCUAGAUAGUUUCAAAUCUAGUUGUAGCUCCAAGGUCUUCAAUUUCCAUUAAUAAUCAUUUUGAACUUGAUCAUUUUUUUUUAUAUACGCCAUUUUAGGUAGUCAACAAUGUUAAUACAUAUAAUUACAUAUAAACUUAAAAAAACCAUUGAAUCUUUACGGUUUUCAUAAUAAUUUUAUUUUUAACUCUUACUAAAAAAAAUUAUUAUUACAUACGCUCAAUUUUUUUUUACCAUUGAAUACAAUUUAAAUGUCCUCGUGUUAAAUUGUCGACCAUUUUUGCUAUGGGCCAAAACAAUUUUAUCCGUAUAUAAAACCGAGACUAGAAAUACACUUUCUAACACAAUAUAAAUAUUCGGUCAGAAUGUUAGGCCUCUACGAUUAUUUCUAACCGAACUGCAACCAAAAAACCAAAUCGAUGGCUUAACUUGCAAUUGUUUUAUUGUAGUAAAUCCAAAAAUAUGACUGUGUAUAUAAUAUUUCCAAUUAAAACAAACAAUAACUCAUCGUUUAUAAGCACGUUGACUCAAAAAUAAUAUAACUUUUUCUACCAUGAAAAUGCUGAUAAAAAAUACAACGAAAUAGCCGCGCCGAUGAAAAGGUCUUAACUCUAUCGGGGCUCCAUCUGAAAUACCAGAGGGUAAAUCACUUACGAAAAUCGGUGUACAAAUGUUUGAUAAUCUCACGCAGGAAAUCUUUGGUGUAAUCUUAUAGGACAUUUUGGUAAUCGUUGGGAAACUCGUGGUAUUCUGGAAUCCGGUGUACUAACUAUUGAUUAUAGCCAACUACUCUCUGGAAAAUACUGCCGUAGUUAGGACGUUUGCGACGAAAAUUGAGAAUCGAGUCUAUUCGGCACAUUAUAAUUUGUCGUGUUCAUUAUAUUAUUACAUAACCGUAGACCAAAAUAUUACCAUAUAGGUUCAGUGUACGAAAUAAAUGUACGUAUGUGUGUUAAAAAAAAAAAAAUAUUAAUUUUUACGAGUUUUCCACAAGGUCGUUUAUUUGUAACAUAUACAUCAUCAGUAAUACUUCCUGACAAUUUUGAGCAGUGGCGUCAUUAGCACUUUUUUUUAAUUUUUUUUAAUACGCAAAUUUUCACACAAGCCACGGGCAAGAUUAUACAUUUUUUACGCGUGUAUGUAUUACAAUGUAUAGUAAUUCUCUUCGGGUAUUUUUUUUUUCAUCCUUUAAAUUACAUGCGUAAUAUCCAAACACUCUUGCCGAGUAUAAUAAUUAGGCAAAUUAGCUAUACACAUCACUAUUAGGUCUCGAACCAUCAUAAUUCAUAAUAUAUAUGAAAGUAAGAUCGCCGGCUAUAUUAUAAUAUUAUGUACUCACAAAACGAAUUUAAAUACGCGAAUGAUGACUAAUACACUAUACGCGGUUGAAAUCACGCCGCCGAUUAUUCGGGGGAAAAAAAAGAAGUUAUAAGGUGACUUAAAAAAAGAAUUAUCGUGGUGAAUUUUUUUUUUCAGUCGAAAAAUGUUCCGUUUCCCUUUCAACAAUGUAUUGGAUUAGGAAUAGUUGAGAUACGCGCAGAGGCAUGCCCAGGAAUUCCCAAACGUUGAGAGGAGAUUUAUAAUAAAAUAAAUAAACAAGAAUAAAUCGUAAAAAAUUAUAUAUAUAGUUCGAACUCGAUAAAACGGCGAUUUAAAAUCCAGAUCCGAAAAACACAAUUUUUAUUCAAUAAAUUAAGCGUUUCAUUUUAUUUGUUACACGUUUGAAAGAUUUACGUUUUUCAAGAUUUAAUUACCAAUUGCCAAUGGAGUGAAAAGAUCGGGAAAGAAUAUAAACUCCCUACCUGGGUAUUGGCGCAAUUUGGUGAAAUCGUAAUUACUAUUUUACCUGAAAUUCGUAUAACGAAUGUAAAAAAGGAGCCAAAAUUACGAAUUCUUAAACUUAUUACCCAGUAUUUAAAUCGAAGAGGGGGGGGGAGAAGUAAAGAUUUUUUUUUUAACUUUUUAACGUGCCUUCUCUAAUUGUUCACAACGGACGUAAUAUAUCAACAUAAAGACACGUGUCAAAUCUUUAGGAACGUACAUUUUUUCAUCCGCUUCAUCUAAUUUGUUUCCAAUUCAAACACUGAAUUGUCAGAAUAUUAUGCAUUUAUAUUAACCGUAGGAUUGUACAUUGAUCACGCUUUUGUCAAAUUCAUUUCAUAAUGCAACAAUAUCAUUUUGUUUAUGGCAUGCGAUACGAUAUAUGGGGAUGGCCAACAAAUAAUAGCGAAGACCUUCGCGAGCCUGCAACACGAGUCACGACGGAUAUAAAAGCCUAAGAAUAAAAACAAUUCCAAACAUUAUAUUAUUAUAGAUUCGAUAAAGUUAUUGAGUUAAAUACGUUUGACUUGUAAUUGUAUAUUAUUAUUGUAUACUUCGUUUACCAGCAGUUCUCAAACUUUUUAUUUUCCUCUAGCACAGCCUUCCUAUAUAAUAAAAAUAAAACGCGUGUUUUUUUACGCGUCUCUCGUAAACGAUAAUUUUAUCAAAUAAAAUUGUGAUGGUAAAAUUGGCAGCCAAGGAUAUUGAAAGUUUACGAGUGAAAAUAAUAUCGAAUCACGAUGUACAUUAUAUGCAUAGGCCUAUACGAGUAUACAUUACAUAUGCACUUUAUUUUGUAGACAAAUCGAUAUAUUACAAAAAUAUUUUAGUUAUCUAAUCUUUUAUUAUUGCUUAGUACGAGAGUCUCAAAUACUCGAACUCUAUAAUAUCAUAAAACCUUCGACCAUAUACACUAGUUUAUAUGGUCGAAACAUAAAACAAUAAUAUAGUAUAUAUAAUAAUAUCUUAUUGUGCGUUGUACAGACAAUAGGAUGGAUCUAAAAAAAAAAAAAUAAUAAAUGUACAGAGUUGGUAAUCACGAAACAGUGAAUUUGAUUUGUGCUUUUUCAAUCAUUUUUAACGAAUUUUCAUUGAAAAUUGAUACCUAUGAAGCUUAUUAUAAGCUUUCCCCGCUCGUCCGGUCAUAAUUUUUAACCCGCUUAUAAUUCAUAAACGGUAAACCGAUAAAGUGUUCUGCAUAUCAAGAUUUAUUUGGGAAAACAAUAUUUCUACUUGAACCUGUUUGAAAACGGGAUUCCUAUUCGAAAAUCAAAAGCGUAUCGUAUAUACUCAUUUAAUGUAAACAAAUUUAAAAUUUAAAAUGUUACUAAAUAAAGCUUUUAUGAACGAUUUCAUACGAUAAUGGUUGAGAAUAAAAAUCCGAAAUCAAAAACGCUGAAAAUUCUUCUGGAAAACCGCUAAGUCGUGAUAAAUGGAUCAUCGCUGUAUAUUUUUGAAUCGGCUACCCCUACCGUCGCUUGUAUUAUUUAUCCACGCACGUCAAUGAACUGUACAAUCGACUCUAUUUAGGUACAAACGUAAUUUUAAAUUUACAUUUAUACGAAUUAAACAACUGAGAGGAUAAUGAACCGUAUAUUAUAAUAAACAGAGUAAAUAUUGUAUAGAUUCCUUAUGCGCUUGAUUCCGUCAAAUGGAGCAUUGUGAAAGACGUCCUCCAACUUUCGGGUCCUCUCGACUUUCUCCUUAGGGACACCGUGGUCUUGUACAGUAUACCCGAAAAUUAUCCCGCAGUUUGGAUCGGCCAUUGAAUUAGAAACACCGUCCCGUUUAUACGCACGAGUUGCAUAAUCCUUACAUAGGCACGCGAGUUUUCUCAUAAAUCGCGAAAAAAUUUUUCGUUGGUAUGUUAUGGUGCUUAAAAUAAAAAAAAUUCAAAACAUUUUAUACCGCAUGUUCAACUUUGUACCGUAUAUAACACUGCAGAACGGUAUUAUAGCGUUAUAUUUAUCGAUAUAUAUAUUUUUACUUUUUUUUUUUUUUUGUUCUAAAAGGUCAUUUUAUUAUAUUUCGUUAUAUAUGUUACAGUCGUUAUUAUACGGUUUUUUUUCCCCCGUCGUAGAUAAUAUUAUAUAAAAUUAUUAUUACGAGUUCGCCGAUCGAACGGGAAAAAACAAAAUCUGUGUAUAUUCAUUAUUAAUUUACAAUUUUUUAACGCGCGCAUGGCUUAUACACAUUAUGAUAAUAACAUUAUUUCUAUCCGAUCAGCGUUAAUAAUUUUUAUAAUGUUAUUAUGAUAUGAUAUAAUACUCGUAUUCAAAGGUCAGAUCGAACAGAAUAUUAUACAUUUUCAAUAGUGUUAUCUACAUUGUGUACACGGCUAUUAUAUUAUAUUUAUUAUUGAUUUGAAUGUGUCGCUGUUGAAUUUGUCCGACGCGGACUUUAUCGCGUAGACAAAGAAGGAAAAAAAAUUACUAUACACUCCUACAACAAUAUACAAUAUAAUAUAAAUAUAACAUAUUGACGAGCGUUUAUUUAUUUUAUUAAACACUAUAAUAUUAUAAUAUGACGUUCGGAUUAAAUUGAUAGUUUUUCUUUACUUUUUGUUCGUCAAUAAUUAUCGCCGUCAUAAUUGUCAACGAUGUUAUAUAUAUUUUCAAACGAAUAACGUUUCGAUAAACAGCAUUGUACUUAUUAUCACUGAAUUGUGUUCCUUUCAUUUUUGUGUUUAAUUUUACGACGAUAUUUUCUAUAGCCAUUCAUAUUAUAAGAUAUACGUUAUUCGCCUACCGACGUUUACGACUAAAAUUAAGCCGUACCUAUAGAUAAUGCUGUAUGGGUAAAUUGUAUAGUUCAGGGUAGCGGUGUGCCCGAUGGGUAGGCAAAUAUUUCGGAUAUUUAUCGGUGGGUACAUUAUUUACCUAUCCAAAAUUUGCAGGGUAAAUAUUUUUUCUUUACUCUGGUCUUGACAUAUAACUUUUCAAUAAAAAAAAAAAAAACUGAUUAUAAUAAAUAAGUUUUAUAGGUAAUUUAGCUCACUAUACCUAUACGUGUUAUGUUUGUACAAUGUACAUAGGUUUUUAUAAAAAAGUUAUGGUUGUUCUUAUGAAUAAAAAUCUUAAUUAUUAAUUUCAUGUUACUACAUUUUUUCCUUAAAAGUAGUAUUGAAUUCAAAAUGAAUGAAAUUAACAAAAACUUUAUAAAUAUUAUUUAUUUACUAGCUGAUAAUUCAACGUGGAAAAACCACGGAAUAGUCAGAAAACAAUCACAAUAAAAUAUUUUGGUAACCAUGACUUAUUGGUUUUUGUAAUAAAAAUUAAUUUACUCAAUUUACUGGGUAUUUACACAAACAAUUAUUUACCGGAUAAAUACCCAUCACUAGGCCUGGAACGGUCCAACUUUGUUUGGUACAUAUCUACUAAGAAUAUUUUACCUUCGAGGACAUACUUUCAUACAAAAUCACGUAUAAUUAUCGCCUUAUAAUCUAAUAGGUAUUGGUAAUAAACGUAGGUACGCGUGUACAAAUAAUACAACUAAAAUGCAUUGUUAAAUAAUGUUUUUCGUCGUGCUUGUAUAUUUUAAGACUCUGUAUUACAAACUUGACAUACCAGAAAUAAAAUCGGCAGCAUAAAAACUGUUGAACUGUUGUAUUAUUUGAUAAACUGACAGCAAUAAAAUCGGCAGCAUAAAAACUGUUGAACUGUUGUAUUAUUUGAUAAACUGACAGCAAAUGAUCUAACGAGAUAAAAAUCAUCGGUAAUUGUGAUUUAUCUGCUAAUUGUACAAAAAUAAUUUCUAACGGAGAGGGAUCAACAAUGAAAUCGUUCGCGAUCGACCGUAUGGCCGUCCCCGGUGUAGGUUAUAAUAAAUACGACUAUGUAUUAUAGAAUAAAUUAUAAAAUAUGUAUAAUAUUUUUUGGCAAUAAUCACGUGUAAUUUUUUUUUUUUUUUUUUUAAAUUCAAUAUAUUCGGUUUCAGUGAUGUAAACAUUAUCUGAUUAUCGUCAUUCGUAACGUGUUUUUGUAUAUUAUAUACAUUAUACUAUUCUCGUGGAGGCCGUAUUAAAACGUUGAGUGUCGAGGGUUUUUCGACAUAUAGGUAUACCUACUUUAUUUUGUCUUAAGUCACACAAUGUCUGAAUUUAACUUGUAAAAACGAUUCCCGAAAUAUGCGGUCACAUUUUAGUGGUAUUUUUUCAUCGGGAUCGAAUACCACAACGCCACAGUAUUCCCACAUUAUUUUGGUAUUCGUAUAUAGUAAUGGAAUAAGUUUUUUAAAAUUUUUUUUUUUUUUUUUUAAUUCUAAAUCAUUUGGACAAAUUUUUCCUAAAAUGAUUACUAGUAACCUAUAACAAAAACCCCGAGGUACUUUGAUCAAAAACAAGACCAACAUUCGGAUCUCACAAGUGGCACUCUAUGUGUUUUAAAAAGUGAAAAUUCGAGUGAUGUUUACUGCAGUUUUCACAAUCUUAUAUAUUAUUUGAAAUCUUCAACAAACUCAUUAUUUAUUAAUAACUAUCUCUUACGUCAAUGGGUUGACAGAAAUGUCAACACCAAAAUGUAUUUAAACAAAAAACUUCAUAUAUUUAUGAAAUUUUUAAUAUAGGUUGCUAUACUUGAAAAUCGAUAGUGAAAAGUGGUUUCCCCCCCCCUCUCCCCCCCCCAAAAUAAAAACAUUGUAAAGUUUUAGAAUAUAUGAUUCCAAUAAAUUUUAAUAUAAGUCAUUUUCUUAAAAAAUAAGGAUUUCGUGGAACAUUUAUCUGUAACAUGAAAUUCUGAAAACCCUGUAUAUUAAUUCUAAUUAUCAAAUUUAAAUAUAUACGAGUAUACCUAAUUUAUUUUUCGGUGUAAAACUAAUAUAAUUUGCUGCAAACCUAUUAUAUUAAAGUAACUAAAAAAAAGCGUAUUUCAUUAUUUACUUUGGUUUUUUUUUUUUAUUUUUCAAUUAUGUUAAAAACACAAAAACCUAUAGGUAGGGUAUACACCAUCAUGCGUGCGAGUAAUGCAAUUUCCGUUGUAAUUUUAAUACCUAUACCGCGCGUAUAAGUGGAGGGUUUUUUCUUUUUUCUUUUUUUUUUUUAGGGUAGGUAUCCAAAAUGUCCGCCUAGGGAUUGCAGGGGAGAGAGGAAACCCGCACGUAUAUAUCGUUUAUCAACCUAUUCUAUAAUAUUCACUCCCAAAACAAAAAAAAAAAUAAUAAUAAAUACAUUUUCGUGUUCUCACAUAUUAUAAUAUUAUAAUCAUACCAGAAUUAUAAAAUAUUUUCGAAAAUACACGUUUGGGACUUUACACUGGCUAAAUAUUGUUACAUAUAUUAUAAAAUAUCUUUAUUCGUAUAACGUUAACGCUAAAAGCAAAUACGGCAGCAUACGUUCAAAUUUAAACAUUUUUCAAGAAAGACGAAAAAACUUCUUAUACGUUGCACUUAUUGAGUUGUAGAACAUUUCAUAAAAUAACCUUAGAAACUCAUAGAUGAUAACACUAUAUAAGUAACUAAAAUUAUUUGUCAUUAACAUGAAAUUUGUUUUUCAAUUUUUUCAAAAGUAUUAAUUAUUUUUGGUCUUUCUUGUAAAUCGUACAAAUUUGAACAUGCGCCAUUUUUGCAUUUACCGAUUCACCGAGUAUAAUCGAUUUUAUUAUUUUUAGUCGAUCAAUUUCAAUAUAAUGUGUUUUUUAUCGAAUAUCGUGUAAUUUUUAUUUCAACCUACGUAUUAUUAUAUCGCAAUUUUAUUAAUUUUAUUUUUAAACACGUGUAUAUUUAUAUAAAUAUCAAAAUCGAUACUUCCGGGCCGUUGCCUCGUUUAUACAAUAUCAUAUUAUUAUCAUCGUAAUAAUAUAUUCGUAUUUAGGUAUAUAUACGCAUUAUGUCCGUCUAGAUAUUAAAUUAAACAAAUGACUCAACCGAUCUAUUUAACAGACAAACGCGGCUAUUGUAUUAUUCACAUCGAUAUAAUAUUAUAAUAUAUAAUAAUGGACAGACGAUAUUUGAAUAAGAGUAAUGAGUGUACGCCAUUUUAGAUUCUGACCGCAGCUAGGAAUAAUUUAGUUUCACUAUAAUAAUGUGUGUGCUUUAGAUUCGGAACGGAACGAAGGAUCUAUUGGUUCUGUGAUAUGUAUGUGUCGUUUUUUUUUUUAUCUAAAAAAUCCAGUGUGGCACCUUCUCCGAAAUGACUUUUUAUCUAUAGUUGAUGUAAUAGAAAGGUCAUUUUUUGAUUUUUCAAGGGGUUUUCAGAAUAAUUGAGAAAAACAGAAAAAGAAAGAAAAAAGGCAUGCUUCGCGCGACGGGUGGGCUACUGUUGUUGGUGAGAAGUUGGGAAGGUAGGAUAUUAAUCUGUAGAGGGCAAUGACAUUUAUAUCUGUACGUAACGAUAAACUACAUUGCUAACGAAAAACGAUUCGGAGCGAUGUUCGGUUAUAAAGGUAUUUGUUUUGAAAGGCUGUAAUAUUUACGAUUUUCGCAAACAUUUAAUAUUAAAAUUCGUAUAAAAAAAAAUAUUACAUUAAACCAAAUUUUUUUUUUUUCACCACAAAAUACGUCCUAUAAUGAACCUCCAGUUAAAUUAUAUGCAUUACUGUUAAGUCUAACAGUUUUAUCCACAGAAUACUUAUUGAAUAAAAAUUACGUGUAAGAAAUUCGCAAAAUUAAAUAUUUUGAAAAUUUGACCACGUCUAGAAAAAAAAUAAUAUAAGUUUUCAUUAUAAAUUUAAAGUUGCUACGAAAAUUUUAACUUGAAUUACUGAGAAAAAAAAAAAAAUUAAAAAUUAUAAAAGCAUGUUCGUAAAUUUUCCAGUUUUUUCCCUGUUUUUCCCAAUUAAUAUGAAAACCGCUUGAAAAAUCAAAAAAUGACUCCCUGAAUGUACUAAGUAGAUAAAAUUUCCUUUCAGAAAAAGUGCUACACUUGAUAUCUUGGAGGUCAUUUUUUUAUUUUCCGAGGGGUUUUCAUAAAAAAAAAUGGGAAAAACAAGAAAAUUUAUGAAAUGUAUUAUUUUAAAAUCGUAAAUAUUACGGCCUUUCAAAAAAUGUAUAGCCGAACUCUGCUCAGAAUCGUUUGAAAUUCUCAUUAAUAUUCGAGAUAAUGAGGAAAAACUGGUUAUUUUGGUUAAAAAAGAUUUGAAAGAUUAAAAAUAAGGUUGUCAUUGGCAACCAUUUUUAUUUAUUUUUUAUUAUUAUUAUGUUUUUAUUAUUUUAAAAUUGUUUUUAAAUAAUCAUUGUUAUCAUGGAAACACGCAUUAUUGUAAUCAUUUUACCAUAAUAUGGUAUAUAUAUAUUGUUGAUAAAGCAAUACUAUCAACUGAACUCCUCUUUGAAUCGGUUUUUCGUUAGCAAUGAUCUAUCGUUGCUUACAGAUAUACUUACAGAUAUAUUAAAUUCCCGUCUGUAUCCUACCUAACCAACUUCCCACCAACAGUGGCUGCUCCACGUUCGAAGCACUGUCGGUUCUUUUUUUUUAAAUUUUUUUGUUUUGUUGUUGUAGUUUAAUUAAAAAUCUAAACGUGAUAUAAUUUUAAAAAUAUUUAAGACAUUUUAAUUUUGCCAGUUUUUUUCAGAAAAUACUUGAAAAUUUAACAUUAGGUUCGUUGCAAAUUGUACUUAGUGGUUAAAAAUAUAAAGUUCAGUUCAAUGUAUUGUAGUAGUUUUUUUUAUAAUAGUUUUAAGAUCAAAUAUUGUUGAUAUUCUUAAAUAUUGUGGCAUUUCAAAACAUGUUCAGUCGAACUUCACUCAGAAUCGUAAUUUGUUUGAAAUUAUCUAUCGUUGCGUAAAAGAUACAAAUUAAGCAAAUCUAUAUAUAUCUUCCAUUCCCAAAUGUUCACCUAAAACAGUAACACAUUCAUCAUCAAUAUCAAAUUCUAUUUAUUUAUUUUUUUAAUUUUUUUUUUUUUUUUUGAAGUUUAAGAUGAGUUUAAUGAAUUCGAGAAAAUACCUAUUAUAUUAUAGCGGUGAAUAUUUUAAUAUUAUUUUCGAUUUGAUUAUACUACGUGCAAGUCGUCUGAGGCGAUAUCAUUACGGUUUUGUCGAUAUAAUUUUUAAUUAAUACUUACUACUUAUAUUAUUGUUCAUAUUUAUUUAUGAUUGAGAUUAUAAUUUACAAAACAUUCCACAGGAUUUUGGAACGAAUGUUAUAAAUUUUAAUAAUUUCUCGCAUGAAUAUUUAUUAUACGGUUUACUGUAUCAUUUACUUAUCAGUUAUCUGCAGAUAUUAUCUCUACACCGCUUCCUCUAUACUCGAAUUUAGUAUGAUUUUAGUAUUAUUAUACACAAUUAUUGUCCAUAACUCGCGUCGAUUCUAUUUUAUUGUCGUGUACAAUGUGCUCGUAAAAUCGACUUUAUUAUAAUACAAAAUAAUCGCAUGAAAACACUUAUCCUAUUUUGUAUAUUAUGUUGAUUUUGUAGAAGUGCGUAGUAUAUAGGAUUUGUCAAAUUUCACGUUGAAGUUUAAUUUACCAUUAAAUGCUUACUCAUUUUUUUUCAAAAAAUGAUUUAUGUAAAACAUUUUGGCAGUGGCGUAACCAAGUUAAAAUUAUCGACGUUGCAAAAUGUUUAAUGUGUUCAGGGAUAUUUAAAUGUUCAUACCUCUUCGAAUCUUAUAAGAGGUGGGGAGGUCCAAUUUUUGUUUUACAUUUUUCCUCAUCCCCUAAUUACGCAACUAAAUAGAUUAGUUGCACGAAAUUUGUCCUACUGAACGCAAACUUGCUAUGACGUCGUGAUAGGCGGACACAGUAAAUGCGGGUGUGGCGUAACUACAUAAUAAUUUGAAUGUAUGAAAAAUAAAUCGUUCGGUAAAUUACUAGAUUUAUGUGUAUCGACAUUAUUGCAAAAAAAUUAAUUUUCGCUAUAUAUAUGCUAUGUACAGAGUAUGAAAUAGCAUCGUAUAAUUUAUUGCGUAUAAAAAAAUUCUAAUAAUAAUAAAAAAAAAAAAAAAAAAGAGAAGGAUAAUUUAAAAAUUGUACGCUUGAGGCAACGCGUGCGCAAUACUUAUCCGGACCUUCGUUAAAUACGGUCUUGUAUAAUAGGAAUUUAUAUUAUGUAUCUUUUGCCGGAACAGACCCUUAUAAUUGAAAUCCUAAACCGGCGCGUCCUAAUAAAAUUUAGUUACAAUAAUUAUUAUUUGUUAAUAAUAUUAUAUAGGUAUAAUUACGUCAUGUUCGCGAGUAAAUAAUAUUAUCAAGAAUUAUUUGGUACCUAUUAUAUUAUAUAAUGUAUAUAGAGUAGAGGCUAUAGCGAAAUCAUUUUAACAAGAGCUAUUUCUCGUGUCAUUAUGUGCAUGAAUAAAUGUAAGAUUAAAAAAUAAUAAUCGUGAGUGUACACUGCAGUACAAUGUACGUUAUAGUCGUAUUUAUCACCGGAAACGUAUUAUUAAAACUGAUAAACAAAAUCACGUUCAUCUAUUUUAUUAUUAUUUUCGUAUUGCAUGUUAUACUAAUAUAUAACAUGAUAAUAUUUAGGUACCUAAGUAAUUUUAUUUCUAAAGAAGAAAAAAAACUGUUGUGAAAUAAUAUUCCAAUACAUUACCUAUACGUAUCUGUAUAAAAAUUAUUAAUUAACAAAGACAUUUUUUUCUCUGUUAUAAUUCGUAAAUUAUUAUUGAUUUAUACGAGAAACACCGUCAGAUUUAUCUUAAUCCCAAACGAAUCGUUUUAUUAUAGGUAUACAUUCUAGGUGUUAUUGCAUAUAUAUAUUAUGUUUAACAUUUUAUUUAAAUCGUUUAUGGAUUUAUUUUAUAUUAUAAGUAUAGGUAAUAACUUCGAAAUUUUAGUCGAAUAAAAAACUAGAAAUCACAUAAACCUUUAAAACUUAAUUUUCACUAUUUGUCAGUGUUGUACACAUUUCUAUAAUGACGUUACUCUCAUUAUAUCGUUUAAACAAAAAUAUAAGUAGACGCAGCCAUAUCAAGUCAAACAAAAAAAAAGUUAUAAUUUGAUAUGAAACAUUAAAUUUUUUAAAGCUACAUGUUCUAUUGAAUCUAUACGAUUGACAUUCUUUUAUUUAUGCUUUAAUAACCGAAAACGGUGACGAGGACAUAAUAACUAGGUAAUUAAAUAUUUUAUCGUUGGAUUUAUUUGAAAAUGAAUCUGAUGCUUCGGCUUUACCUCAUUUUCUAUAAAAUGGUUCUAAAAAUCUUUUUUAGAAUCUUAACAUUUUAUUCAUAUAUAUCUCCGCUAGUGAAUCUAUAUACAGACUGUAUCGGCAGGGUUUAACCCGAAGUACUUUUAACUAUUUGGUAAACUUCUCGAAAAGCUUACGGGCGGGCUCCAGCAAUAAUAAUAUGUUUAAACGCCAAUCGAGAAACCGGCCGUCUUUACGUAUACGUAUAUACUUCUUUAGAUAAACCCAGUGGAUUGAAAAGCUUUCAGAAAUUAGUUCUCUAACCGCGCACUGCAAAUAUUUUCGUUGUGAAAUUCAGUGGAACGGAAUCGGGAAAAAUACAUUAUUAUGUAAUAUCUUUGAUGUGUGUGUAAAGUUAAGUUAAGUUGUUUGAACGUAUAAAAAUAUAUAUAUACAUUUUUUAAACUUCAUAUUAUAUAAUAUAAUAGGAGUAAGAAGCAGGUUUAAGCUAUCAGAUCAAUUCGAGGGGGGGGAUGAACUAUUGAAAGACAAUUUUUACGUUCUUGGAAUUAGAACUGAAGAGUUAUUGAUAAUAGAUAUUUUGUGAUAUGAAUAUAUAUAAAAAAUAUCCGAACAUCAUACGGCCUACGGGGGUGGGGGAAGGGUCGCUCCCCUUAGAUUCACGCCAGUAAAUAAUUUGAAAAAUUGUAUAGAUGAACGAUUAAAUUUGUUUUAAAAACUAUAAAUACCUAUAGUAACAAAUGAAUUACCAAAGAUCAUACCGAAAAAAAAAAAUAUGACUGAAUAUUAAAUCUCCACAGAUGAGCGGUAAUCAUUUUUUUAAAGCAAUGUAACAUAACAUUAUGUAUCAUUAAAAUAUUUAUUUUUUCAUAAUAUAUUGUCGUUCAGUAUGCGCGGUUAAUAUAAAUAAUAAAUAAUAAUAAUUUACUCGCCAGACUACCUAUUCGAUGGAUUCAAAAAUAUUUUUAACAUUAUAAUGUAUAUUAUAUAGGUAAGUGCACAUAAUUUAUUAGGUAUCUUAUGGCAAUUAUUAUAACAUUCGACUACUAUAAAUCAUACACGAUAAAUAAACUCCAAGUUUGUUUUCAUACUGUCUAAUAAAUCGUACGUUUAAAUUUUAAUAUUUGUUACGAUCUACAAAUUUGAUUGGAUGCGUAUGAAUAAUUAUUAUAUACUUAAUAACAUAUUAUGUUUUAGAUUCGGAGAAGCUAUUGGUUUUACUAAUUAUUACUAUUAUUUCUUGGAAAACGCUUUAUGGGUUAGUUAAAAUAUUCCGAUUUUUUCACGUCCUAAAAAAAUGCAGAUUUUUUGUCAAGUUGUUCCUUAUUUGAAAAAAAUGACUAGAUUUCCAACAGUUUUUCUAUAAAAAUCAAACAAAAUGUUGAUGUAUCGGCUUUCAAUUUUCAUUUUAUAAUAAAUUGUCCAUGAAUUACUUAUUUAUUCAAAAAUUGACUUUAAAAACUUUUUAUAAUUAUAUAUUCUGAAAUGUUAUAUUGUCUUUAGAGGGGAGAGAGGAAGACGGUGAAUCGACUACCUACUUUUGAUUUUCAAACAGUAACUUACAUUAAAAAUCCCAUAAACGGAGUAUUAAUUUAAACACAUUUCGGUGUUGGCAUUUUUAAUUAUCGUUAACCCGUUAAUGAGAUAUUCCACUAUUAAGUUUAGGUAGGGAAAGAGUAGCGGAGCUCUAUUCAAACGCCGCGUGCUAUGCCGCCAUACAAAUGAUGUUCCACUACUAACUCUCCCCUUAUCCAAACUUAAAAGAGAAAUAUCUAGUCAACGAGUCGACGAAAAUCAAACAUGGCAACACCAAAAUGUACUUAACUUAAUACUCCGUCUAUUUAUGGAAUAUUUAAUAUAGGUUUCUGCAAUAUAAGAAACCGUUUCAAUCCCAAAACUAAGGACAACCUAACGCUUUAGAAUAUAUAUAAUUUCAAAAAGUUAUUUUUUGAAAAAAUAAAUUCUUCAUAGAAAAUUUUACUGUAACAUGAAAUAUGAAAGACCCUGUUUUUAUGUUUUUUUAAAAUAUAUUUAAAUACACUAUUAUAAUAUUUUAGGUUUGAAUAAAAGGUAUUCACAUUUUUCUAGUGGCGUCAUUUAUUUGGGAAGCAACUUGGAUAUUUUCGCGAAUCUAACUUUUAGUUUUAUCUUAAUGUUGUUAUCUGAUUGUAUUGGGCCUGGUAAAAAAUGUUAAAGUAUCUAAGAAUGUUUAAAUGUAAGUAAAUAUCUGUUUGUUUUAUGUUAUCAUACACUAUAAGUAAUUUACAUGGAAAAAUGUCCGGUUCUUCUAUUUUUCGACUGAUUUCCAUGAUCACAAUUUAAAUUUCAUGAAAAUAACAUGUACUUAUUUCUUUGUAAAAGUAUGAAAAUCUGAAAUAUUAGUUUUUGUUAAAUCACUUUCUCUAUCAGUCGGCACAUUUGGUAACACCACUGCAGUCUACCGAAUAUGACCGAAUAUACCGAAUAUGAAUUAAUAUGACGCCACUGUAUAUCUCUUUGUUAGUAACUUUAUGUAUUUUUUUAUUUCUACUUCUAUCACUGUUUGCUAUUAAUAUGUUUUAUUAUGUAAAACAAUAGUAUUGUCAUGAUUCAUUACCGAGAAAAUUAUGAAAUAAAUUGAUUUUUUUCGUUUUUUUUUAAAUAAUAAUCAUUCAAAAUAAUUUUUUAAUUUUUCUUCUGCAGUAUAUAUUAUAUAUAUGUAUUAAUUGUAUCAUGUUAUUAUAACAAACGAACGAAAUGUUUUUUAUACGUAAAUAAAUAUUUAUUUUAAUUCACGUGUGCGAAUAUUAUGGAGAAAUUUAAUUCAAUUUUUUUUUUAUGUUAUUUAAAGUUGUUUACAUACAUGUUAAAAUGCAACAUAAACUAACGCGAAACCGUGUAAAUAAAACCUUUGCGCUCGUGUAUUCCUGAAUUUCAAUUAUGAAUACCAGGUAUAAAUAUACGAGCGUGGUUUAAAAUGAAAAUUGUUUUUUACCAAUUAUAGGUAUACAUAAAAAAAAAAAUGUAAUUUUAAUUAUAUCUACUAAAUCAAUUAAAAUAACAUCUAUACAAAACUAAAAAUUUUAAAAAUAAAAAAACAGAUCAAAAAUAACUUUUAAUUUUUAAAAUUAUUUUUUUUUUAAGUACCCUAAUCGAUAGUUUUACACUUUUAUCAUCUAAAGACUUUUUAUUCAUGUUAUACGGAUUUUGUAAUCUAUUUUCAUCGAUAUUUUAAAAUUUCAAAUGUAUGUUGAAAUUCGUUAAAAAUACAAGCAAUUUGUAUUUAUUUUAUAGUUACAAUAAUGAUUAGUUACCUAUAAGCAGAUCGACCAAACCUUCUUCUUGAAUUUAUGACCUACCCCAGUUAUGCCUCAGCCCAUCAGUGAGAGUAUUUCUACAUAAAAUAUAAUAUUUUACUACAAAAUCGACUAAUUUAAUCAAUUACCAUUUAUUUUCUCGUGAGCAUACCACAAGCAAAAUCGUACUCUAUUGAGUGUCCAACAGAGUAUAGACUUUACUGUGUGUCCAUUUGGACACAAAAAAACCUCCUAAAAAAUUCUCUGGUUCGAAUUGUCCGGUUUUUUUAUUUAUUAAAAUUAACUCUACUGAAUACAUGCAGUAGUUUGCGUUUGUAGAAUUUUGGUAUUUACGACCAUUUCACAAACUCCUUAUUUCUCAUAUCUUAGCUGAUUUUCAUUUUUCUUUUGAACCUAUAAAAAUCUUUCUAGUUGCGUCCUCGCGUAAAUAUUUCUGCGAUGUUAGGUUCGAGUCAGUCUCGUAUUUUCGAAACUCAACCUGCAUCAAAACGUGUUAAACCAAGCGUUUAUUCUAUCGCUUUAAAAUAAUAACUAUUAUUCAUUUUUCAUAUUAUUAAAUAAUAAAUAUAAUUUAUUAUUAGAAUUUAUACGAUAUAAUGUGCACUUUAAGUGCAAUAAUGUACUGCAAUUAGCUGCAGAAGAAUUUAAUAACAAUGGAAAAAAAAUGUAAAUUAAGGGAAACCUAACCCAGCAGCAUUCAACAAUGAUAUAUAGCUUUACUGCUCGUUUUAUUUCCCGAAUUAAAAUAUAAAAGUCGUAUAUAAUAUUGGUGUUAUAUAUUUUUUAAUCUUAUAAACCGUAUAUUUAUGUAUUCUAAUUUUACUUGUACCUAUUUAUAUAUUAAAAAAAAAAAUUAAUUUAAAUUAAAUUUAUAAUAUAAUCUAUAACAUUUUGUAAUUUAUUAUUUAAAACGUAUAUAUAUUUAAUUUCAGGGAUGGUCAAACAUUGGAUCGGGAUGUGUUGAUUUAUCCUCCCGUGCUUUUUCUUUAAAUGUGUAUUAUAAUAUAGGUACAUUAUGCUACCUAUUUUUGUUUAAUGUAAAUAAUAAUUAAUUUGCAAAAACUCAGUUUCAUCCUCCACAGGACAAAAUCAUUUGACCGCUACUGUUAAAUUUAUAUCUGAUGUACAGGGAACAUUAUAAAUAGGCAGUGAAAAGUUUAAUCGUAAUUCCGAACGGUUUAAUUGAAUAUAAUAAUAUACUAUACUCGCGCGUGCAUUGUAUAAAUAAAUUAGGGCACGGAUUUUUUGCACUACGACCGGGGGAAAAAAGUAGAUUUUUUUUGUUUUUAUUAUUCACUUAAAAACAUACGCAUACCAUAGGCGUAACUAGAUCAUACCCUUUGGGGUUGCUAAAAUUAUGGACACAUCAAAGACCCAUGGCGGCUAUGACCCCACACAAUAUCCGUAACACAACUCUUACAAUAAUCAACUACUUACACUUUUAAUUUAGAAUUUUGUACAUACAAAUUUAUCGUAACUAUUUUAACAUUAUUUUUCAUGCCCAAUGAAUUGUCUAUAGGAAACCUGUAUUUUAUUCUGUUCAUUAAUUUUGAAAUAUAUUAAUAAAAUAUUUAAUCAGACCUAUGAAAAAGUUAAUUGAGUUUUUUUUAGGGGCCCUAAUUUUAAACUUAGUGGUACUAAAGACCCUUUAGCACCCCCUAGUUGUGCCUAAACUAGAUACAUUUAUAUAUAUUAUUAUAAGUGUACAGUAAACAUACCCUCUACCAAACAAAAAGCGACUGAUUUCAAUUCAAGUGCAAAUUAAAUAAAUUAAAAAUAUUUGAAUACAAUAAUAACCUAAAAUAAUGCGAUUAAGUAUUAUAUUAUUUAAGAUGUAGGUCUAACGUAGAGUUAAUAAACAUUUCGUACUUAAUAGAGUGGUGUAUUAAUAUAUGUAUUAUUAUUACGGGUUUCAAAUUCUGGGAAUAAAUUCUAUAAUCUAAUCCAACCUUUUAGACUGUAUUUAUUAUAUUUCCAUAACAAUCUAUAUUAAAUUGAAAUGUCAUUAAUUUUUAGUUGGAAAAACGAAUAAUUUAAUGUUUUGGUUUACACAUAGCUAGCUGGUCUAUACAAUUAAUAUAUUAAAAUGACACCAAUAUUCAAUCCGCUAUAAACCGAUGCAGGUUAGAUUAGUUCCUAAAUAGAUACACUUGUUAAAAUAUACCUAUUUCAAUUCAAUGGUAAUUUUAGGGCAGAUUGAAUUAUAAAUUACUUACAAACAAUCUAUUAAUUAACUAUUGAUAUUGUAUUUAGCCUGGGUACACGUUAUACCUACAAUAUGGCACAAUUUUCAAAUUCAAUAUCUCCCUCCUUAUUGGCAAAAUCUUAAAUACGCCAUUUAUAACUUGCUAUAUAUUAACAUUCAUACUUACCGCGAUUUUGGUUUUCAUUAUAAUUAUAUAAUACAAUAUCAAAAUAUGUAUGCAUAUUUCAUUAUGAUAAUAUGACUAUAAAAAUAUUAAAAUGUUAUUAACGCAACGUGUUGUAAAAGUAUAUAAUUUACUUCCUUUUUUUUUUUUUUUUUUUUAUGAAAAACCAUAAAAUAUAUACAGAUAAUUUUUAAAAUCGACCAAAAUAAUACUAUAAAAAAAUAUAUUUUUUUUUAAUUUUCUGUUUUUCUAACUAUAAAAUGUAUAAUAAGUCUAUAAUAGAUUAACAAUUUUUUUUACCUUAUUACAAAAUAAUCGUAAUAAAAUAUAGCCUCGUAAGUCAACUGGAAUAAAAAAAAGUAAUAAUUAAAUUAUUAUUAUAUUUUUCAUGGUUGUUAAAAUACGCGUAUAAAACGUAUACAUUACGGUUAAAACAUAUGCUGGCACUUUUUUUUCCUUUGAAAUAAAUAGGUAAUAAUAGGUAAUAGAUAAUGUAAAAUAAUUAUUCAACAUUUAUUAAGUACCUAUACUGUAUGAAUUUUAACUAAUAUUCAUCAAUUCGUUUAGGCCUCUAGUCGGGAACGAAUACAUUCUACUGGGUGUUCGAUUCGAAGAGCUUCGCUCCAUGGCCAUGAGACGGGAGAAAAGUUGAAAAUGUUCACAGUGUAAUAAUAGUAAUCUCAAUUCUGCAAAAAUUCUAAGUUCUAGAUGUCCCUCUGGUUAACGGGUAGGAUAUAGGAGUAGGUAAAAUAGAGUAUUAUGUAAGAUAUAGAUAAUCGUGGAAUGUCUAGACGUUUUUUUUUUUUUUUUUUGAAGUGGUUGACGUUUUUGUGGCGAGUUCAUAGAGUAUAACGGGUAGGAUACAGGGGAAGAAAGUAAGACAUAGAAUGGAAGAUAUAGGACAGGAUGUAUGGAACGUCUACUAUGUACCGAAAUAUUAUACUGUUAUUUUCAGUUAAGUGUUUACUUUUUACAUAUAUUCAACUAGAAUAUAGGUAUCUAAAUAAAAACAAUGUAUAAAUAAAUAAAUCCACCCAAUUUUAAAAACAAUACUUUUAAAUGAAUUAAUUAAUAAUAAAAAAAUGUAUAUUUAUACGUUUUAUACGGUAUAUAAAACGAAAAAACCAAUAAAACCAAAUAGUUUUGUAAUAUGUAGGUUUUGUACGUUUAAUACGUGUUUUAUACACUAUUGUAUUAUAGAAUAUGUUCCAGUCCUGAAAUUUAUAACAUUUUAGUUUCCGUCAAUACUAUCUGUUACGCGAAAAAGGAACAGGAUGAUUUUCUAUUUUUUACCUAUAUAAAACACUUUCCAUUUGUGCUAUGGUGUAUUUCUUUUGGAACGCGUAUUUAUCACCGCGAAAUUAAUGGGCUUUUCAAACGAAACAUAAAUAUUUUACUCCUGUAUAGCAUAUUAUAUUAUCGUAAUAUAUUCUUUAUAUGUCUAAUAAUACCUACCGUCUAGAGCCCAUGGUAUAUUUUUAGUCGUGAAAUGUACAUAUAUAUAAAAUAUAUAUUAUACUCGGGUAGAUUAAAAAUCGGUACCCCAUAUAGCUAUUAGCAGCUAUAUUGUGUAGUUAGGAAAGAAAAUAUUGAAAUUAAACUUGUAAAGAAUAUAUAAAAUCAAGGUCGUGCGAUUGCCAGCUAUUGUUACGAUAUUAUUAUUGGUUUACAUAUUCCAUAUUCGACGUUCGUAUUAUAUUAUAUACCUAUACGUAUUGUUGAAGAAAUUUGAAUAUUCAAUUGUUAAACAAAUAAUUUACACUUUCCAACGGUAUACACUGCAAAUGUCGUAUUACACACAACUUCAGCGCCCUGUUCAAAUUAUUACACGAGUUUACGCGUAUACAGAGCGAUUGUUUUAUCGCGAGCACCGGGGACUAUCUUCGAAAUUGAUACAUGAUUACGCGUGGUACACCGAAAUAAGGGCAUGGUCGAGAGCAAUCCGUCGCUUUUUUCAAAUAAAUAACUGCCGAAUAGUAUUUAACCAAGACGAAAAGUAUUUUGGCUGAAAUUAAUUUUUCCGAAAAUAUUACAGACGACCAAAUAAUAUAGUGUCUGGUUACCACCGUGGACAGUAAUAAUACAGGUAUAACAUUGUGGCGAGCCACUGUCACGUUAACAUUCGAAUUAUUUCAAUCCAUUCAUUUUCCAUAAAUUGUAUUCUAUUUACUAUAAUGUUGUAUUUAUUCAAAUGUCCGUUAUUCGAUUUAAAACUAAUACACAUCAGCAGUGUUCCAAAACAAUGAUAAGAAACGUUGAUAACCCGUAUCGCCCAUAGAGUAGAUAUUAGGUCUGAAAUACGAUCGGUUGUAAUAUUUUUUACCGUAAUAAUAUACUGUCGCGGUCGGUGGAAUUUAUUUUUUUGCUCGGAUAUUUUCGGAUAAACUACUCCUCUCGCAGACUAUAUUUUUGAGCUAAAAUACUGUCUGCUGUUUUAUUCUACUAGGAUUUUUUUAUAUUUUUUUAUAACCCCUCUUAUAACACACUUAUUAUUUGGUAAUAAAUAAAAUAUAUACCCGGAGAGUAUGAACCUCUAUAUGUUAUGGUUGACGUAAUACCAGUUGCUUUUGUACAAAAAUAUAUAACAUUCAUAUACGAUUUUUUUUUUUUUCAUAUUAAUACUGUAUCGACUUUUUGUACAGGUACGUAUACACGUACAUACUAUACGUGUGUGUGUGUGUGCUUAUAUUAUUCAGUUAUAUAAUAACAUGUAAUCGUAAAAGUAUUUUAUCGCUCAAUACUUCUCUCUAUUCGUAUAAUAAAAAAAUAUAAAUAAAUAUAAAAAUAACACGAUUAUAAUAUUAAUGCGGUGUUUAUUUUCCGAAUAAUAAAUACUAUACUCCAGGUAGGUAUAGGAUGACUCUAUUAUAUACCUACUCGUUUUUAUGUAUGCGUCAUAAUUUUUAAUUUUUUCGUGACUUUUAAAACGCGGUGAAAAUAUUUUUUUUGAAAAAUCUACAGAUUUUCUCCUCGAUACAAAUCACAAUAUGGAAGUCGUAUUUUCUUAAAUAAUCACUUUUUACAUAAUAUUGUCGAAUGGGAAGCAAUUAUAUUAUACUGCAGCGAUCCUAUAACCGCUGCGAACCCGCACUAUAGCUGUGUGUAGCUUUGUGAAAUAAUAAUAUAAAAUAUCGGACGUUACUUCGCUCGUGAUGCGGUGAGAAUAAGUUCACUUCUUUAUAUAUAUAUACAUAUAGAAAAAUAAUAAAUCAUAUUAUAUCCUCUCCAUAAAUCUGAUAGUAUAUUAUUAUAUGGAAAAUAUUACGCGCGGUACGACGUUUUCCUUUUUUUUUCAAAAUUCUAUGUCCGUGACAAAAAACUAUAGUAAAACACGAUAGUUUUCAUAAACUCCCUCGGUUCCUCAUCGGAGGCUUCUUUACCUCGCGAGCAAACCCUGCAGCUACUAUCGUAUACACCUACUCUUAUUUUCGCCCUAUUCGUCUCCGUAUUAUAUAUUUUUACUCCGUCAACUCCACGUGCUCUCAUAAUCCCAACCGCCCUCCCCACCCUAUAAAUAACUUCUAGCGACUUUUUCUUUGAUCUAUGCUUUUUCUUUUAGCGUAUGUGUAAUCGAUUUUUCGCGUUAAAGUUUCACACCAAAAGCGCACAUACACAUAGAUCUAUACAAUCGCGGACAAGAGCUAGCGGUUAUAUAGCGGUACUUAAAGAGGUCGUUUUUCUCGACCGCGAUUUUCCCGGCCGCAAAAUUGCGAAAAACCGCGUCCGAGGAUUUAUGACUCGCGCCGCUGCUGCGGGUUUUAACAAAAUCGAUUUUGUCGUAUAUAAUAUAUCCAAUUUAUAUUAUAGAAAACAAUAAUAUUCUCGACACUUCGACCGUGAAAAACGUGACAGGAUUUUUAACAAUAAUGCCGAAUCUAUCGCGGGGAAUUUUAUAAAAAUCCGUUUUAAAUUCGAUUUGGAUAUUAUAUAUAUAUAAACGUUCGUUAUAAACAAUCGUAAUUUAUAUUUUAUAUUUAUAAUUUACAGAAAAAUGUAGGUUCUUUUCCGAAUUCGGCCCCCGGGGUCCUUUAUGAUGACGUCCUACCUCCCGUAUUUUAGGUGUUUCGCGUAGGGUGUUUUUUCGAAAUCGUUGGAAAAAUUAAUUUUCUAUCGACUGAAAAUAAUUCAAAUUCGCUUUAAAAUACAUUUACGAGUAGUCCCGAGUGAUUAUUAUAAUUAUUAAUUAUUUUGUAAUCAGUGAAAUUAACAAAAAUGUUUACGGUGAAAUCGUUGCGCGCGGGCUUUAAACUUAAUUAAGAAACCAAAUACAAAUUUCACCAUACAAAAAUUAAAACCGGUACUGUGCAAUAUUUGUUUUAAUAUUUAAUUCUUUGAUAUCAUUAUUGCUGCGAAAAUAGUUAUUUGAGUUUGAAAAACUUAAAACUAUCAUAUUUUAAAACAAUAAUAACUUUUUUUAUGGUAUCAAAAAAUUAAAACCAACGCGUUGUACAGUGCGAGUUAUUUCUUUUGUGCGGUGAAAAUUUGGUUUCUUUAUUAAUAGUCUAUAACCCGAUUAAUUUUUGCCCGGGGAAAUAAGUUUUUACAAUCAAAUCGCGAAAUUUCGGGUAGGUACCAAGCCCUCGUAAUCCGACCUCGGUUUCUGAAACGGACGUGAUACCCCGCAAAUUUAUGUUCAGCUGAGGACUUUGUGCUGUUAGUUUAAAAAUUAGAGUGAAUUAGAGCGAUCUAUAAUCAAACUUAUAAAGAUGAGAAAACUAUCCGUGCAACGUUGGCGCUAUUUGUGCGGUUAAUUUCAAGCAAGAUAUAAGUAUUAUUGAAUUGUAAUAUUUUACAUAACUAUACUCACGUCUCACUGAAAAAUUAAAAUAUUGAAAAAAUAGAGCAUGCGAUCAUUACACUGUGAUAUUAAAAAUAACAACGCAAUAUUGUCCCUGCUGAACACAAAUUUACUGUGACGUCUGUUUGUAAGGCUGAGACGACACGUGCGGAUAUUCACGCCGUCUUAAGGCGCGUUGUUUAGACCAUGGCCCGAACACGAUUGAACGAACGAAUACGAGGGGAAUUCUGUAGACUUUCUACCAACCGUUUAUGUUAGUGGGCCGUACGACCGUCCGUUGUUCGUUCUCGGACCGUAGUUUAAACGCUCUUUUGUGUGAUAGUCGCACGAUGAAAACACACCGUAGUACAAUAAUAUCACGCUUAAAAAAACAAAAAUUUUAAUAUCCGCUCGUUUCCAAACCGAAAUGUUAUGUGUAUAUAAUCGUUACUGCGAUGUACCGCGGUCGGUUUAAUUACGUCAUCCUAUGUGUAAGAUAAUAUAUAUAUAUAUAUAGUGUGUAUAUUAUAUAUGUACGAAUAGAGUACAUCGGGUUAAAAAAAAAAAAAUAAAAAAACGUAGUAUCUAAGUACGCCGCGCUCGGUUUGAGUUAUGGUACUUCAUAAUAAAAAAAAAAUGUAAUUAUAUGCUUUCGCUACUUCCCAUUUAUAUUUGAGGGACCGACCCUCUUGUUCUCACACACCGUCCAUUUCGUGUUGCAGCACACCAUCUAAACCCUCGCCCCCGUAUAUAUAACCCUUGUUAACACGUCUCGUCUAUCUCCGUUUCGCCGGAGAUAUAUUAUAUAAUAUCUCCAACCCGCGCGGCCGAGUUCUGUUUUUUCGACAAUACGUACACGCGGUCCCGGUGUGUAAUCUCUCCAAUCAAACGUCGGUCUCGGUUUUACACUAUUACAAGACUCGUCGUAACUACCGGGCGUUUUUCAAAAGGGAGUUUUCCGCGUCCAAAUAGACACGGUACCCCAAUGUCGAUUGGACACCGAGUAGAGUACAAUUUUGCUUACUGCGUGUCGGCCAUUAGGAAAUAAAUAACAAAAAUUAUCGAAUUACUAAAAUAUUAUAUUUUGUAUAAGAAAUACUCUAAAUCAGAGGUAACUGAGGAAAUUAUAGAUAAAUAUUUGGUCUACCUGAUCACGGGGCUUCGGAGAGAGACGGGCAGUGGAUAAUCAUAACAAAUGUGUGUAAAUACAUGUAUUUUUUUUUUUUUUUUUUAUAAAAUUUAUCCGGCAAACCGUUAAAAAUGGCCCGAUAUAGAAGAUUUUGAGCUACAUACUGUAUAUCUUUAAAUAUAGUAGGUAUAUAAUAUUAUAUUUGUUCGAGUUGUACAAAAAACUAUUUUCAUGCGAACAGGUAAUUUUUUUUUUUUUUACGUACCGUUAGUUGCAGUAAAAUAACGUCGACUCGAGUGUAUUACCGAGUUUAUGCGACUUUUUAUAUAUUUAAAAUAUACGUUACUUUUCCUAGAAUUCGUGCCUAGAUGAAAUUGUAAUCGUCUGUAAAAUGUCCGGGGGGGGGGGGGGGUCAAAGUGGCGGGUUUGAGGGAUCUAAGGAGAUUUAUUUCUGAUCAAAUUUAAAAUCAGAUUAAGACUGAGUGGAGCUCGUCCAAAUGGUUAUAGGUUUUCGGACAACUUUGUCGUAUUAUUCCUCUGUGAUGUAACCACCGAGGAAACCCGGAAAUCAACCCAAAAACGUGCAAAGACCCUAAAUCUAAACGUAAUAUUUUUAAUUGAAUAUAAUUGAGUAUAAUUGAAUAACUAUAUAGAAAUUGAAAUUUAAAAAUCCAGUUUCGAUAUAAUAUGUUGAUUAAAAAUUCCCAUCUGCCACCCAUCCAUGUUCAAAUUUAAGAUUUCUUCAUAUUAAACAUUUUUUCCAAAAACCUGUGUAAUAUCGUCGGUCAUCAGUUGUAAGUUUUUUUAUUUUCCUGACUUGAAAAUUUUAAAAAAAUAAGAAUAAUAUCGAUGUAUAUAUAUAUAUGUAUAAUAAUAUCGAUUAACCGCAUCUUUUAACGAAGUACGGUGUGAAAGUUUUGUGUGAUUUUUAUUAACCGAAAAAAUACACGUCGCAAAUUUAAAAAAAAAAAAAACAAUAAAGCUGCACAUAUGAAUAAUUCCUCGCUCGGCUUGAAUCUAAAAUAGUUUUUGAUUUUAAAUUCAACGCAAAUAAAACGACGUGAACACUGAAACAUACGAAAAGCCCAAAAUUGUAUUAAUAUAUUUUAUAGAAAUCACAGUACAGUUUUAACAUUUGCCACUUUAAACCCCGGUAAAAGUCUGUUACGGAUCGUUUGGUAGCGAGAGAAAAAGGUAUGGGGGGGGGUAAACGAUAAAAUAUAUGUUAUAUAAAUGACGAUUUCGAACGCGGUCUUUAUAUGGUACCAAUCAUUAGUUUAUAUAUAAAACGGAGAGAAAAAUACAACACGAAAUAUACCGUUUCGGAGUACGAUAUGAUGUGUCAAUUGCACACUACAUUUCGGUUAUAUGCGCGGUGACGUUAGUGUCUGAAAAUCGAGAAAUAUAUUUUAACCCCGACGAAAAUAUUAUAUAAUAUUAAAUUCGGUGGUUAAAGUGGAGAGGGUGACGCAGCGCCCUUCUUAUUUAAGGUAAAAAUUAUCGGUCUCCUUUAGUUUUAGUCUUCGGUGUCCGGGGGGACGCUUUAGUUACUGCGUCAGUGAGGCAUUUUUAAUGAAAUUUUAAAAACUCUAAUUAGUCCCAUUAAAAAUAAAUAAUUCUUUAAUGCUCGUUUAAUCCAAUUUAAACAUAAUAAUCUGACUAUGAUUCACUUUAAUUUUACUGUACAGCCGUACACGUGUAGGAUAAUAUUUAGGAAAGGGUUAGUUUAAGCCCUAUAUUGGCGUAACGUUUUUAGAAAUAAUAUAUGUGUGUGUGUUGGGGGAUUGAAACAUUUCGGAAGUCUUGUACCCGCGAUGGGCUUUCAAAAGUUUUAUAGGAUUUAAUUAUUAGUUCUCGGAAACGUCCCUUAAUUUUCGAAAAAUACAGUUUCCCCGCCCCAGAAGUGUUUUCCGCUUUAAACUCUGUUGAUUAUACUUAUAUAUUACAAAGGCUGCAGUUGUGAAAAGUCUGGGAUCCACGUAUAAAUAAUUAAAAAUAUUAUACUCGCCGUACUGUAGUAUCGACUAUCCAGUUUAAGACAACUCAAAAAAGAACUUCUUUCGGGAAAGUGGUUUAAAAAUUCAACGUACAGUAAACUACUAAAAAGAAAAUAAAUUAAUUGUGAAUAUAAUUUUUGGUAUGGUAUGACACGAGUGUUAUUACUUUAUAUUUUCAUCAUAACCUAUAUUAUAUAAGUAUACGAAUUGAUUGCCGUAAGUAUACUUGGUGCGCUUUGAAAACGGGACACAUGUUAACCCAAAAUGUUUUAUUCUAAAACGAAACAAAAACUUUCUAGUGCUGAAUAAUUCAACUGAUUUUUUUUUGCAUUCUUGAAUUGAAAGUGUUUUGAAAAGGAGAAAAAAUGGUGUAUACUGCAGCGUGCGACUGCUCUCGUAAAAUCAUUAAUGAACAUAAUACAGCGACACAGUGCAUAUGUGUAUAGUGUCGCUCGUCUAUAUAUUGCACCCAGUGGCAUAACUACACAUUAAAGCGCCCCGAGACGAAAUAUAUUUUUCGCCCCUAUAACAGGAAAUAGAAAUCAUUAUAGUCGCACAUUAGUCACCGAAACAGUGCUAUGGUAAUAUAUUUUUGACUCGGUAAUUAUGGUCUUUUUUUUUUUUAAUGAAACCAAUAACACCUUAGAUUUAAAAAAAUAUCGCGUUUUACUCUACGUGUAUUCGUAUAAUUUUAAAAUUUAUAUCUAACGCAUUUUUAUGAAAUCGUGAAACAAUUCGUACGCAAUACCUAAUUGUCCAGCGUUAAAACAUAUUAUACACUGCAGUAUCUUUUCAAUAUCAUCGCCUUUAUCAGUUUAUUGUCACUGCAGGUUCGUGACGUGAACGCAGUGGCGUAGUGGUAUGACGGGCAACGAGCCCCGGGCCCAAGACUAUGGGCCCCGAAUCAGGGCCAUAGGCGUUAUUGGACAAGUAAAGGCCUUUUGCGAAUGGCCUUUUUCUUAUCGUCGUUUAUACAAUUUAUUUUGCCGCGGACAUUAGAAGUUCUAGUUACGCCACUGAAUCAAUAUCGUCUACCGAACACUCGGCGAUCACCGGCGACGGCGGCAGUGCCCCUCAUAGCGCAUGCGAGCCCCCGACGAAAUUGUGUGCGCCGCCUGACCCGGCCCGUUGGCCGUGAUUUACACGAGGACGACGGGGCGGCCGCGAUAAAGACAAUUAAAAACAAAAAAACAAAAAAUAUGCGCCGGCGAAAGUUUAAUCUUAUCGGCGCGACGGCUAAAGCAGAUCCGCAAGCAGCUUUUGUGAGUAAUUGUCGCGUCGCCCGGACGUUUUGUUACUCGCAUGUGGCGGUACACGGUAUUAUUAUACGCGCGGUUCGGGCGCACGUUAAAUCUUCUUGACAGUUAAUUUCGAGUGUAUAACGCGGCCCGAGCAUAAUAUAAAGUCGGGCCGUGCAAAGGCGCCGUGCAACGUUUCGCGGCGAACUUUUAUAUUGUAUUAACGGGCGGGGGGGGAGGAGAGGGACGCGAAGCACAACGCAAAGUUAUAUCGCUCCGCCCGAAUAACAUACAGUGACGAGACGAGAAAAAGACUGGUGCGUUUCGCACGACGCGACGGGGGACCGCCGUUCCAGGUGGGAAGUUGGGAAGGCGGCGGUAGCGCACGCGGGAUUUUUUUCAGGGGGGGGGAAAUUUUUUUAUGAUAAUUUCUUAGAGAGGGGACGACGCGUGUUAUCGGUACAUUACUAUCAUUGUGUUAUUGCUGAAUAAAUGAUUUUUGAUGAAAUUCAAUUUUUAUUUUAUUUCCGUGAUCAAAGAUGGUCGGUUGUUGUAUAUAAAACUUGAUUUGAAAAAAAAAUGCAGCGAAAGAAGAAAUUUCGAUUGGGGGAGGUGAUUCCCUAACCCUCCCACCCCUCUGUGUACGCCGCUGGAAGGCGGGAUACGCUCGUGUACCAGUCGUAUUUGGAAAUUCGUCCGAUUCCGGAAUCGAGCACAUCGAUGGCUAAAUAAAUCGGCCCGUUUCACGAACUGAGCAAAACCAGUGACGGACGAUUGAAGUUUUCGACAUUAUAACGGACGUUGAACAGACGUUUUUUUUUUUUUUAAAUUUGUCGCUGUUGUUGCGUACCUGUUAGUUAUUUGCAUAUUGUCUACGGUGCAUAGGCCAUUACGAUAAUGGUAUUUCGUACGAAAUAUUUGUACGGUUAAUCGGUUAACAGGGAAUAAAAACAACAAUCAUUUUUAUAGAACGUAUCGGUUUUCGUUUUUAUCGCGCGCGUUCGGUGUCGAACGACGUUUCCAAGAGCACCGGUUUCUAGUGUUAACGAAACGGACGGGGUUUUUUUUUUUUUUUGAAACCCGUAAAAAAACGCCCGUUUCGCGAAUCGGUCGCCUACUACACGUAGGGCGAAACGCAUACGCGUACGCGUAUAACGACGUACAACGAUAAUCUCACGAACGUCUCGCGUAAUUACGUUGUCAUCGGCUCGCGUACUGUUGUCGCGUAACUCGCGGGCCAACGCGACGACGGGAACGACGCGCGCGUACAAACAAUCGCGCCUCGCCCGACAACGACCUCCCGCGCGCGCCUCGCGUAUUGUUUAAUACGCUUACGGCGUUAUUCGCGCGCCGGCCGCCGCCGCCGCCGCCGUUACGGGGCGCCGGGGCACGGCGCCCGUAUCGCAUACAGGGCGUAGCGCGGAGUCCCGACACCUGGAACUCAUGUCCCGGUCGUCGACGUUUUCGAUUUUCACCGCGACGAAUGUCGCGUGUCGUGGUACGCGGUGCGGUCUCGGCUCGCUGCGAUAACUGCCGUACGCGGUAUUCGAGGUAAUUCCAACCCUUCAUUCCGAUUUUAUUUUAAUUGAUUAUUAAGUUGAAUUUAUUUGUGUGUUCGUCAAAUUACCGUAUAGUUGAGCCUUCGUCGUAAACUCGAUAAAUAAAUAACGACCUAUGGGGUGUAUUGUGUAAUUUUCGACGCUGGAUUCGAAAAGUCUUAUUUAUUAUAAUUAUUAUUAUUUUUUUUUUUUUCGAGCUGCUUCGAUAGUUGUGUGUUAUCACAUUAAGCGGCCAGUGGUCACAUUGACUGAUCGACAUCCGCUCAUGUCAGUUAAAAGCAUAAUUUUUGGACCGAAAGGAUAUUGCCGCCCCUCCCUCUAAAAAACGAACCAAUUGAGGGAGGUAAAUUUAACUAAAAAGAAUAUAAUUUUUCAAAAAAAAAUUCAAACGUACGUUGCGUAAUCGCGUGGUUAUCUUUACAAAUAAUUUUUUGAAAAAUCGACAAAAAUCAUAUUUUUCACAGACUCUAGACGGUUCGAGUAAUUUUUGAGACGCGAAAAAAAACUGGCUUGAAAAUAAUAGGACUAUUCGAAUCUGCAAGUGUCAACAAUAUGACAUGUUACAAUCAAACAAUAGUUUACUUGUUAAACAAUUAAAAUCUAUCGUAAUUUGGGUAUUUUAGUAUCCGCUAUCACUACCUCCCGAAAACAGAAUUCAAGUCCAAAGUUAUCCGGCCCAAAUAUUUAUUGUUAUCUGGAUACGUGAACACGCUGUAUAAUACACUAAACUUGCUGUCUAUUUGUUUUUGUUUCUAAACAAAACACUUUUGGUGUUUUCCGAUUACGAUUAGUGGGGUGCACAGCGGGGGUUUAGAAGUUACAUCUCUCUGUUGGCUUAAAAAUACAACAACUGUGAGUGCAUUUAUUUUUGAAAUUUAGUAUCGAAAUGUAGAGUACACAUUUCAGCCGAGAUAGACGAGGAAAAGCUUUGUUUAUCAAUUAAAAAUUGGAUUUUUUUGGUUUUUUGAAAUGGUUAUAAAACGUCCACAUUAUAUAAUAUUAUAGUCAAGUUUGGUAAUGAUUUGGUCAUCGUUAUUAUUUGCUACAAUCACUCCCAUUGAACAUUUCUGGGAUAUAAUUCGAAACAAUCAACACGCACAAUAAUGACACCGAAAAUUAAACAUUAUCAACGAGGAAUUUUCAAUAAUUGAUAUCACGCGACAUUAUGUCGUGUGACGCGUCAUUUUUGGAAAGAAAAUAACAAGUCUGUGAUGUUAAAACACAAAGGUACAUCGGAUACCCGAAAAUGAUGUAUUCUGUGUUCCGAUACCGCGGCGCACGUGGCCAAAACUGUGAAAAUUAUAUUGUUAAUUAUAUUUCUCCUCUUUAGAUUUCAAUCGUCGGAUCGUUUAACAUCAACACUAUGACUUCUCUGCGUUUUUAUCUUAAGAUUGCUUUGUUCUCGAAUUAUCCGCGCUCCCACGCAUCUUUUAUACUAUUGAAUAAACCAUAACACUCGUUCUUGGCCUGCCUCUUCCUCGCGCUAUUUCCCUUCAAUCAUCAUUUCUAAACUAUACAACGCCACAGCUGAAGUGCAGCUAUAUCGUUAUGUAUCAGCGAAUGACCUAUCUUUUACUGAUGAUCAGGCUCGGGACUUUAUGCACUUAAAAUCCAACUACAAAGUUAUCAGACGCUCUUCAAAAAAAGCUUGAAAAUGCACUUUAAAAAACAAAACAAAAAAACGGUAGUAUGUUUUUAAACAUUUCACGUCUAACGGCUCUAACUUAUAAAAUACAAUUUUCGAACUCUACAAAAAUUAUUAACACGAGCUUAUAAAUAAAAUUGGAAAUAUUAUAAAAAAAAAUAUUUUAUGUUAAUCGUUUUUUUAGUGUUGGAAAAUUGCAAUUUAAUGCUCAGAGCCGUUAUAGGAUAUGGGGAUGGAAAUUGUAAAUCUAUCUGAGCCCUUUUUUUUAAAUAUUUUUUUUUCAAGACUCCUUUGACGUUUUCAAGCUGUUUUCUGCGGAUACUGUAUGAAUUAAGUCCCCGAGCCUUGCUCGGUGAUCAAUUUCUAUACAAAUGAGAUCCGGGAGCGAAAUUCGGCGGCGAUAAUCUUAUUUCGUUGGCUGACUACAAAUCGCAUUGUUAUUGUAUUAUUGAAACCGAACCGGUCCGUCUGAAAGUAAUUCUGCGCGCGCGCGUACCCCGGGUACGAACACGGAAUUUCUUCGCGCCCUGUAUGCAUUGUUAUAAUACGAAGCGCUCGAUUGUGCCCGUAUUCGCAUAGGUGUUUCGUCAUCAUUACUGUCGUUAUACGUUAUAAUAAUAAUAAUAAUAAUAAUUUCGAACGGCAGAAACUGUGUGUGUGUGCGUGUGUGUGUGUGUGUGUGUGCGUGUGGGAGGUGGGGGGGGGGGUGUUUGAAUUACAUAACUUACGGUGUUACAGUCGGCGUGUACGCGCGACUCGCGCCGCCGAGUCGAAUAUCUCUCGCCCGCCGUCCCGCACUGCGUUCGAAACUAUGCGGAAAAUAAUAAUACAAAGUAGGGGACGGCGGCGCCACCGGAGCGAUAUAGCGGCGGCACGCGAAAUCCGCCCCGGCCCGCACGCAUUAGAGCCGAAGCCGCCGACGCCCCCCCCCUUACCCCCGCCGUCCGCCGGGACGCACGCCGAGCGGAAAUGGGUUGGCGCGCAUAGGUCCGGGUUUUUUCAGGCAGGUCGGUGCGGCUAGCGUGCGUUUGCGCGGCCGCGAGUCGGUCCGACGCGGCGGAAAACAAUAAUAAUAUGUUGUACGAUAUCAUUGCGUACGGGUUUACAGUGCGUAUUGCGUCCGCACGAAACCGGGCCGGACGGCCGACGUGAAAGCGACAGCGGAUUUUUCGUCGGCGCGUAGAAAACAAUUGCAUUAUUUUUUUUUUAUUUUUUUUUCCCCGAGGGUUUUUUUUUCAUUUUUCGGUCGUUUUAUUAUUUAUUGUCGUCGUGUGUCGUUGUACGCUCGCGCUAUUCCGUACGCUAAUGUUGCGCGGUGUGUUCUACGCGCGCGCGCACGUACGCGGCGAUGUUUAAUAACCGAAAAAUUAAAUUUUACGCCGCCGAUCGGUUCGACGCGACGCGUAACGAUGACGGGUGGCGGGGUGAGAGCGUGGGCCGGAUGAGGGGUAGGGAAGGAGAAGAAGAAAAAAGCAAUUUGGACGCGCGCGGUAACCGGGUUAUUCCCGGACUCGAUAAACAAUCGCGGGGGUGUUUUAUUUUUAUUUUAUUUUUUUUAUUAGUUUAGGGCUCCCCAGAGGCGCCCUAUCGAUCUUCGGUCGAAGUGCGCAACGGGCUCGCGAGCGACCGAUGGAGAACGGGGCAGGGGCGGUGGGAAGGCGCGGAACGUUUUCACGUCGUAAUCGUUAUAACAUUGAACACGACUUUUGUCGUCGGCGACACGUGCGCCUACUCCGUACAACACGUAUAAGCAGUCGUUCUUCGUAUAGUGUACACGCGCGAAUUCGACGGUAACGACAAUACAACGGGACGGCGGCGCAUGAUAAUAUUUUUAAUUGUCGUUGAUCGCGCGGCAGAACCGUUGAAAAUUUAAUGCGGGCGGCGGCCUACGUGCGAGGAGACUUUCACCCUUCACGCGCGCGCUUUCAAAAUAAUAAUACACAGAGUGUGUAUAAUAAACUUUGCACGCGCGAAACAAUAAUACGGGCCGCCGCCGCCGCAGUAAACGUUUAUUUUAUGGCGUCCCUAGACCGCCGCCGCCGCCGCCGCCGAACGGAUGCUUAAAUUAUUAACCAGAACAAACAGAGGCGGUCGCGUUUAAAAGCCGGCAGCCAGCGCCGGCGAUGACGGCGGCCCUACGCGCGGGGUUGUUCGGCUCGACCGUAUACGCGAGUGACAACCAACCGCGCCGGUCCGUGUAUUAACCGGGCGCCGAGAAUGCACGCGGCGCCCCCGCCCUUACGCGUUUCGGUCCCGGAUAAGUCAACCUAACCAUUCACGAUUUUUGAAAAUGUUCCGAGAUAAAAAAAAAAAAAACAAAAAAACAAACUAGAACCGUACUUGUGAUGGUUCGUGUAAUACCUUUAAAAUAAUAAUUUCAAAAGUUGUGUGUAUAUUAAAUAAAUAAUUCACCAAAUUGUUUGGGGAAUCGCGAUUAAAGUUUUACCCGAUCGGUUGAAAAUAAUUAAAUUUGUUUAUUAAUUUCAUAUACCUAGCUCAUAAUAAUAAAAAGUUUUUACUGCUGCGGAAUAUACGACGCCGGAGGACGGGCGGUUUAUUUUUCAAUUCCGACUUCUCCCUAUACCGAUAUAGAUUCUUAUAUUAUAUUAAUUCGAAGUUUCUGAAUAUUCUUAUACGUUCUUAUGGAAAAUUCAAAGAUUUCGAGAAAAUAUUCACUUUUUAUGGUCGCAGUGAAUAAAGAUUAUAAUAUUUAUAAAAGAAAAUUCUGUUUAUUUCUAUAGAUAAAUUCUCGGAAAGCGUGCAAUAGAUUUUUUUUUUCUGGUCAUUGCUUUUGAACGACUUUUAUAUAGAAAAAAAAAUAAAAAAACCACUGCUCAAAGAGUGCCUAUUGCAGCAACUAACAGUUUAAUGGUGAUGAUCUUGGUGGCGUAAUUACGGGGGUGCGCUUACACCCCCCCCCUGUGAUUAUAUAACGGUUACAGAGAUGUGAUUUUGCAUCUACCUGCCGAAGCUGAACUCCAGCCCUUUUAAAAAAAAAAAUAAUCUAUUUCAUCGCUUUUUUAUCUAUUCGAUAGCCGAUAUAAACUGAUUGAUUAGCCCGAACACAGCCCGUUUGUUUGUUAACCGUAAUACUAUACAGAUCAUUGAAUGCACGAAAAACGCGCGUCCGUACAUUUUGAUUGUCGGUGUGCAAUCGCUUUGGAGAUGACAAAAAAUGGACGUUUUGCACCGGGCUGAAAUUUAAUCGAAUCACGCCAGUGCACGAUCUAAAAUGUAUCAUAGAGUGUCUACAUAAUAAUAGUAUGAUUGUUAAAUAAAUUUCAAAAAAUCGCAAAAAAAAAAAAAAAACCAGAGUAUUAUAUAUACUCGCUGAAAAUAAUACGGAUAUAAUUUUCGAAAAGAUUACUCUCUAAUAAAAAAAAAAAGAAAAAAAAAGAGCUGUAUAUAAUCCGCAUUGUUACAUUUUAAUGUGUGUACACAGUGAUUUUAAUAAGGUCAUGACAUUUUUACUCGCUUCGUAAUUAUAGUUAAUAUACGGACGAAUACAACAAUAAUCGAGAAAUGUGUAACGAAAACGAUUUGACACUACACGUAAUAAUUAUUAUUACAUUAUUAUGUAUACGCAGCAACGAGACUGCCGACUGAACUCACCUAAGAAAUUAAAUUCAAAUUUACGUGUAUUACAUUUCGUAAAUAUAAAUUAUUACAGGUAUUAUAGUACCUAUAGAAUUGUAAAAUAAAUACCACUUGUUCGUUUAAAACAAAAACAACUCUCUCCUCCCCCCCUCCUUCUCCCACGGUCCGUCGGGGAAAUUGUUACAAACGAACCGAAACCAUUUUCUCCGGUAUUACUGUAUUAGGUGCAUUUGUUAAACGCUUUUCCUUUUGUAAGUUAUUUUUCAAGCUCGAAAUACUAUAUUACAUCUUUUAUAAAUAAACUACAAGCCUAUACCUUACAUAUAUAUUCGUAUAAGAAUCGAUUUUCAAACCCCAUAUAGUUGUGGCACUUGCGCAACUCAAAACCUAAUAUCCCAGUAAUCUUAUAUGAUUCGAUUACAGUUUCGUGUCCGCAUCAUAAAAGUAGGUACGUUCGAUAAACAUUCGUGUUUCCUGUGGUCUUUCGCCGCCGGUGCGGUGGCCGUGUACGUUUUGAAAUGUUAUUAAUAUUAUUGUUUUAAACGUUUCGUAUCUUGUAAAACGUCCGCGACGACGGUGUUUUUUUUUUUUUUCAAAUCAAAUUUAUAUUCAAAAUUAUUCAUGUAUUCGUAUCGUAUAAUAUUAUACAUAAACUAUUUAUAGACUUGUGAAUUCGGAACAAAGUGCUGCGACGAAGCAAUCGGUUUAUUUUAAAAAGUAAUUUGUUUUGUCCGCAUAUAAACUCUUAAAGUUAAUGUGAUAUUAUGUUCUUAUUUAUGUCUUAUAUAAUAAAAACACUAUUAUUAUUACAGCACUUGGCGCGCGUCAUAUCAUAUAGAGGUGCCCACUGCAGUUAAUCGACUGUAAGUUGCGCGUAAUUUAUACAAAUAAUCACUUUGAAAUGUGCAAAAUCUGCACCGUUUUCGAAUGUACGGGUGUGUAUGGGUAAACGUUUACCGUGUAUUAAUAUGAGCUUUUGGUCGGAAGAAAAACCAUGUCGGUGACAUAUCAGUCGUCGUGCAAAGAGAAAUAUUAAUUUCAGUAACGAAACAUAAUUGUAUAGACAAUUUACAGUCAAUAACUUGACUAAAGUGCGUUUGGCGUAUCUAGCUACGAAACAUCAAUUUCCGUUGGAGAACGGACGUUCCGGACGAAUCGCAUUAUCUGGACGGACGUAUUGCAAUACGUCUUUUCGAUCCCGAGUGAAGCGAGAAAUGUUUUACAACGAUGUGUAUUUUUUUUCUUAUCGAUGAACUACUAUUGACCUCUGUAUAAUCUCGCUUUAGUAGUAGAUUUCUACAGGUGUGGUUUUCGGUGUAGCGACUUUUAUCCCGUCGAUGCUUUUGCAGAGGAGGAAAAAGGAGUUGUAUUGAUUAUUCCCGUUACUAAUCUCCACAGUAUUAAAUUUUAAACCGAGAAAAAUCAAGAGAAAAGUAUCGCAAUAUACACCUCGAGGAAUCAUUUUCCAUUGCGAUAAUUAUUUAUCCUUGGAAAUCAAUUAAUUAUACCCUAUUUUUUUUUUUUGCAUAUAUAUAUUCAAUAUUAUAUUAGCGUUUUUAAAAGCCAAAUCGUAAUAUUCACAACUGUACGGUAACCUAACCUAACCUAUCUACAUACUCGUGUACACGAUAAAAAGUAUAUUUGAUUAAAAUGUGUAUAAGGCGUCAUUUUAUAACGAAGCAUUUGAAUACAUUAUAAUAAUAUUCCGCGAAUAUGCGAAUACAAAUUAUAUAUAUAUAUAUAUAUAUAUAUAUAUAUAAUAUAUAUUUGUAUAUAUAUAUAUAUAUAUAUACAAAAAAGAAAAACGAAUUUAAUUCAAUUGUACGAUUCGAACGAGUACGUGCAUUAUGUAGAAAUAAGGUUUACAAUUGAGUAUAGGUACAAAAUAACAUUAAUAAUGUUUAACGUUGAACGCGUAAAAUUAUACGUAAUGUAAUCAAAAUCGUUAAAUUUUUGGCGUGCGCACAUAUUAAUGAGAUACAUCCGCGCUGUACACGAUAUAAUAUUGUUUAUACUGAUUUAAUAUAUGUAUAUAUAUAUAUAUUAUAUAUUAUAUUCGCAAAUUUGAUUAAAUUCCGAACGGCCAUUUAAUACUACUAAUCCACCGUAUAUAUAGCGUGUAUGAUGUGUAUCCUAUGCAUGUAUAUCCUAUCGUAUAUGAUGUUUAUACCGCACGUAUAUAACAGUAUACGUCCGGAUGAGUAAUCUCGUACAAUACCGUUCACUUAUGACAAUAAAUAAUAAAUUAUGUAUAGUAACCUGUCGGUAUAUUGUAGUAAUAAUAUUAUUUCGAUGGAAUUAAAUUCGAAUUUUCGUCUCUCGUCAUUUUAUUGCAGAAAUGUGCGUAUUAUACAUAUUAUAUUAUGGUGAUUUUUGUUGUUUACGACGAUCCGGCGAUUUUCUCGGAGAAUUUCAAGUAAAUUAUCGGUUUCCGUUUUGUUUUUCUUAUCAAUCGUUAAAUAUUUAUUACUGUUUGCAUAUUUUUUUAUUGGUUGGUCAAAAAAAAAAAAAAAAAACAAAGCUAGUUUAUGGCAAGAAAGUUUUUCCAUAACUCAACGUGAUUAUGUAAACAAAAUUUCAUUACAUUUUUUUUUAAAUAUUAUUUUAGGAAUUUUAUACGUUUUUAGAUCAUAUUUUAAGCACUUCGUACAAUUAACAAUCAAUAAUAUAAAAUGUUAGAGUUUCGAUUAUUGUUAUUAUUUUUCAGAAUAUAUUUUUAUAUUUUUAGUGUAUAUCUGCGUAUGUAUUCAAACGGUUUUAGGCCAUAUCUGCCGUGCUUAUAAAUUAUGUGUCUUGACUUUUGAUUUUCAAAUAUCCCGGUCCUCUCUGCAACACUGCGAUUCGAAAAGAAAAUGCUUUUCUAAACAUGUUGAUAACGUAUGCGCUGAUCAUCGGAUACACUAAUUACGAAUUAUGCUUCGUAAAUAACAGUGUACCAGAACGGCAGGGAAGAUAUUCCCUAACACAAUAUUGACGCAAUCCGUUUCAAGAUUUUAGGUUUUAGCCCUUAUAUACUUAUCUGUAGAAUGCGCGGUAAAAAAAUCCGCAUAAUAUUAUAGACAUAUUAGGCGUAUUGUAUAGGUUUACCGCCGUCUGUCCAUUUCGCGAGGCAUUGACAUAAAAUAUUAUUACUAACGAUACUAUAAUAUAUUAUACCGUAUAACAAAACUCGGACCCGCGGACACUGUCGACCGUCUUUUUUUUUUUUAAUUUUCCUCGUAUAUUAUGCGGUACGGGGUAUAUUAUAUGUAUAUAUCUAUUACAACCGAGACCCAUUUAAAACGGACUGAAUAAUAAUAUAAUACAAUCAGAGAGCAUAUUAUAUUGCGCGGAGAGGAGCAGUAAUGGAAAUGCCAGCGGCGCGGCGGCGGUAUAAUUGAAGGUUCUGAUGACGGAAUUAAUUGGGAUUGAGAAACGUUUCGGGAAACAUACGAAAUAUUGUAAAUUAUUAUCCACGCGAGCGGACAAAAAUUAUUAUACUUCGUGAUUAAAUUUGCUUUUAUUCCUUUGUUUAAAACCCGUACGGCCGUAUAUAUUUCACGCGCCACGUUUUAUAAUACACGAAUUUGUAUAAUUCUGCGUAGGUAAACCCGUGCGUUUUAUAAUAUUAUACUAUUAUUUGAAAUUUCAAAUGUAUAUUCACUAGGAUACGUGUGUUACGUCCUUUAAAUGUAUUGAAUGUGUAGGUUUGACUGCGGCGGAAUGCUUUUUUGUUGCUUUUUCCCCUUGACUAAGAGACAAAAAUCGCUGUUAUUUCUUUUACCAGAAUAAUACUACGUUAAAUACUCAACAUUAUUCGAAAAUUUGACAAUUAUAGGUUAUAUAAAGUAUAUAAGGUCACAAGUCGAUUUUUUUUUUUUUAUCCGCCAUAUAGAAAAUCCACAAUUAUGAUCUUUUUUUUUUAUUCGUAUUUUGUUCAGCGUUAAUAUUGUCGUACAAUUUGUUUUAUAGUUAAAAAUGAACGUAAAAUACGUUCGAAUUAAAUGUAGAAAAAUAAGAGUCCAUCGAUCAGAAUCGUAUCUCGUUUGUAAAUGAUUUAUCGUCACGUUCAGGAUAAAACCUACUAAGUUAUGUAAUAGUCCAAUAUAAAUAACUGUUUAAUAUAAUAUGUUUAUACUAAAAUAGAAAAUACAUUUUAAUAAAAAUAUUAUAGUAUUUUUAUUUCAUAAAACGUCAGCCAUUUCUUAUAAUAUUCCGUACCUAUUCCUAUGUUUCUCUUUUUUUAAAAAAGGAUAUAAAAUAUUAUUUAAUCAUUUUUGACAUAAACGUCUUGAGCGAUGUAUAUUUUAAAACGACUAGACAUUUUUAGAACUAUAUAAUACACUGAGUGUUAUUUUAGGUUGUGCUUUUGACACUCCGGAAAAUUUUAGAAACAAAAUAUUUGGAAAUAUAAAAGGAAAAAACUCAAACACACACCAUAAGUUCUACUUUUCGAAAUCCUAUACCGAAAAAAAAACUAUUUGGCAAUAUGUGUGUUAAAUGCGAUGAAAAUCAAGAGUAAUAUUAAAUGUCAAAAACACAACAAUAAAAACACAUUGGCAUUGGUAUAUUUAUAAAAUGUAUAUAUAUAAUGAUAAUAAUAAUAAUAUAUUUUUUAGUAUUUUUUUUUUUUUUUUUUUAUAGUUGUUUUAACCAUGUAACUAUACUAUUAGUGUACUCUUACACUUAACUGAACAUUUUCAAAAUUAUAUAAUUUUAUAGAAAACAUUACCUAGACAUUACAAAUUCAAAAUAGCUGUAUAAUUGUAUAACAUAAUUAUGUAUUGUUACAUAGGUACAUAAUUAUAUUAUAAUGUAUAUCUUAUAUUUAAUUUGAAUGUUGAACUUAGGGUUAGAAAAUUAGUAGUUUUCAAUGAUAAGUUGUUUUUUUUUUAGAUUCUGAGUGGAGUGAGAAAUGUAUUAGUUUAACUAUGAUGUGAGAUUAUUUUUUUCUGUCUGUUAACAACUUUUCUACAAGAAAUCUUGCUCCGUUCAAAAAAUGACAAAAGCACUAAAAAAAUAUUCAGGAAAAAAGAAAAAUUAACGUUUUAAUUUUUUUCGAUUUUCCACUUGUGUUGUAAUUCGGUUAAAAUAGUUCAUAGAAAUUUAAUAUUUUCACAGAAUUCUUAUGUUAGCAUUUUAUUUACGUGGUAAAAUGUUUAAAAUAUUCUGGUGAUUUAUAAGUUAUUUAUAAACAUUUAAAACGUUUGAAUCACAGUACUUGGCGUAAAGCGACGUGGCUAGGCGCGAUAAAGUUGUUGUGGUGAUGGUGUAGAGGGGAUAAUUUAGGCCGUGUACAGAAAUGGUGGUGGCGGUGUAGAAAGGGGUAUUUAGGCAGCGUACUAUAUAAAUUAUAAGUUAAUAAAUGUUUCGUUGUUAUUUGUUUUUAAAGAAUUACUUAACCGAGCUCAGUUCAGAAUCGUUUUUCGUUAGCAUUAAUCAACACAUACAUCAUCAUCAGCACAUCAGUAUCAGCUCUUUUUUUUUAAACUAGUUUUAAAAAUAUUUCGACAUAUCCAACGUAAAGUAUAAGAUAUAUUCAAUCGACCGGAAAUUGGACACGAAAGUUGUGUACUUUACGCGUGUAGUGCGUGAAAAUUGGAAAAUUCUCAUUAUAUUUAGUUUGCGAUAAAAUAAAAAUAAAAAGACAAUUUCCAAUAGUAUAUGUUGGUUGAAACCUAUAUAAAAAUAAUAUAAUAACCUCGUUCAGAAUUGUUUUUAGAAUUCGAUGAUUAAUCGCUUUCGGAUUUAAAAAUACGACACACGAACCGAAAUGAGAGACCUGCUGUAUCCCAAAAUGUAAUUUUCACUGUAUAGACCGAGUAAGCGAGAUAAGCGAUGAGACAUGUGCCCGACAGUGAAAUUAAUGUUUUGAAGUUCUGCUGAUUUUUUUCUUUUUUUUAAAAUUCGACUCGAUUAUUUAUUAUAUGCCAAAAAUAAAUAAAUCGCGUUUAAUAAUAUCGGAUAUAAACGGCUUUCUUUAUUUCACUAUGGGCACUUUAAAUUUCAAUAUAGCGAUAUUUUUUACCUUGUGAAAUUGUAUUAUUUUCUUAGUGUUUUUUUUUUUUUAACAAAUUACUUAAAAAUAAUACUGGAAAUUUUAGUUUUAGGUAAGUAUAAUGAUAUAAUAUAUAUAAUAUAGAUAUCGAAACGUAUAAAAACAUUAUAUACUAAAAAAUAGACUAAUUAUAAUUAAAAAGUUAAAAGUUUUAUAACUGAUACUUGUUUUAAUAACUUUUAGCUUCACUUAAGUUAUUAUUUUUCUGAAAAUGUGUUACUUAACUAAGUUGCUCAAAUUUAUUUAUAUUGUUUAAAUUAACUUUAACUAAGCUUGGAUUUCAUAAUAUAAUGAGUUAAAAAAAGUAUUUAACUUUCCCAGUUUUGUAUAACAUUAUAAGUCAAAAUUAAAAAAAAAAGUUUAACAUAAUUCAUAAUUAAUAUUAUAUACAGGUAAAAUACAUCAUGUAAUUAUAGUUUUCUAGAUUCUGAGUGUAGCGAAGAACGUAUUGAUUUUACAAUGAUAUUUGUUAUUAUUUUUGUUUUUCAAAACACGUAUAACUGAAUUCCGCUCAGAAUCGUUUUUCUACAUUCAAUUUUCAAAAAGGAGGUACUUUAGAGAGGUGGUUUUUUGAUUUUUUCAGGGAUUUUCUCAUCAAAUAUGAAAAACUAAAAAAAAAAGGAGGAAAAACGGGAAAAUGUAUAAAAUAUAUUAGUAAAAUAUUACGAUUUUUUUUUUCCUGUGGACAACUUUUCUACCAGCAAUUUUGCUCCAACUUAUAAUGAUAGAAAUUUUACUAAAAAGAAAUUUCACUGGGAAGGUACUUUAGAGAAGUCAUUUUUCAAUUUUCUUAGGAGUUUUCUCAACAAAUGUGAAAGGGAAAAUGGUAUCCAUUUUAAUUUGGGAAUUGGAAUAAUUGAAAUUUUAUCAUAGUAUAACAAUAUAUAUAUUGUUCACAAAACAGCACUAUCAACUAAACUCCGCUCAGAAUUAUGUUUUUCGUUAGCAAUGUUUAUCGUUGUUGUACAUUAAAUUACUUAUAACAGUGGCUACACCCGACCCCAUUAUCCUAGGACGUUUAUUUUUAUUUUAAAAAUAUCGGAUAACCAUAAUUACUCGUCUGUGUUUACAAUUCUAUUUGUCACUAUAGCUGUCGAAAAAUAUAUAAUUUUUAAUUCGAGUAUAUAUAUAUAUAUAUAGGUAAUCCGUGCGGUGUACACAUUAUUCUGCGCUAUCCGAAGAACAGUAUUAUUUAAUGUGUUAUAAUGACGAUAAUUGCAAAAUUAAUUAACGAUAAGCGAAUUUGUUGUAUAUUUUUAUUAUGAAUAAACCCGGAAAAUUUGAAUUAUCAACGACAAAAUGAUGUAUCAUUCGAAAAAAUAUGUCUGGAUUAUUUUAUUAUAUUUUUCAAUGCUUUUGUAAUCUUUUAUUACGUUUAUUACGUAAUCUCAUUCAUUAUUCGUUGUGUACCUUGACAAGUACCGAAAUCAGCAAUAUUUCAUUUAUAUCCACACAACAUUUUAUUUUUUUUUUAUUUUUCUAUAUAACUAUCAACAAAUCUGUUAAUUAUUCGAAUAAUCUCACCUCUUGUGUGUUAAACUAUGCGUACAAUGAAUACAACUUCCUUUUUUUCUUUUUUUUUCUUUUUUUUUUUUUUUUUGACGAAUUGCCAGAGAAUUUCGAGAGGUAUUAAGUCAGAUUUGAAAAACAAACAUUAUCGUUUAGGCUGUCNUACGUUUAUUACGUAAUCUCAUUCAUUAUUCGUUGUGUACCUUGACAAGUACCGAAAUCAGCAAUAUUUCAUUUAUAUCCACACAACAUUUUUUUUUUUUUUUUUUUUUUUUGACGAAUUGCCAGAGAAUUUCGAGAGGUAUUAAGUCAGAUUUGAAAAACAAACAUUAUCGUUUAGGCUGUCAAUGUAAAAACAAACAAACGAAAAAUACUGCAGAAAAUAAUAUUAUAGUUUAUUUUAUGCUAACAUAUUUUUAACAACGUUCAACUAACACUUGUGUACGUAUAAUCGACGUUGAGCUUCCCCCCCCCUCCAAUGCUUAUUGUAUAAAAAAAAAAACUUUUCGCUUAAAACGGAUUUAUAACGGAAUAUAUAUAGGUGUAUAAUGUAAAAAAAUAUACAAAAACAAAUUUUUUUUUUUUUGCCAUAUUUUAACUAUGCUAUAUACUAUACACAAUCCAUCGACAUAAAUUUGAAUGCGAACCGUCAAGUUAAUCUGUGAUUUAUUCCCUCGGCCACGAGAGUGUGCGCGUAUACCCCGGGGAAUCUGUACUCUACAUUAAUCCUCUCUCCCCACCUCUCUCACUCACUAUAUUUCUCUCUUACCCUAUCUCUCCUUCGCUCGAUCGUUCCUCCCCGACACUAUACGCGCAGCCCCCGAAAUUGAACUUCACCCCCUUUAGUAUUGUUGUUGUUUUUUUUUUUACACUAAGCCGCUCACCCUCCUCUUGCGAGGGUUGUUGCCGCCAUAUGGGGCCCGAGCACGUUCUUCAGAACUCAUGUUUAACACGUUUUCAAAAAACCAUUAUUUUCUACAGGAUCUCUAAUUAAAUGGUCUGUGGAUGAACAGGUGCACUUGGUGUGGUUCCGGAUUGCUCGACAACAUGCGCAUUGGAUUACGGAAUUGGCCAAAGUAAGUUCUUAAAUACCAAAGUACGCACCGAAACCCAUAAAAAGCCAGCCCGAAUUACAGUUAGACAACGCCCGAAAUAACCUAAACUACUUUCUACCAACAUCAUAAUAAUAUUAUUAUAUCUACUAUACAUGUUCAGGGUAAAACUACUGAAAUUCCCAACUCGAAAAUACCUAUUAUCCUAAAACAUUUUAAAAUUACUAUCACAUGCGGUCAUAAUUGCGUACACACUGAAUUGAAGAUAGAUAUUAAAUUAUAGCAAUAUAUUUUAUACUGAUGAUAAAUAAUAGUAAAAUUCAUGGUUUAGAGAAUUUUAACAAUUUUAAACGGUUGACUGAUCCUCAAUAAACAUUUAAAUUUAUAAUAAACUUAAUACAAAUCAAUUUAAAAUUUGACUAAGAAUUUAAUAUCAAAAAAACUUUUAAAAGUAGUUUUUGACUAAGAACCUUUUAAUCAUUUACAAAUCAUUCAACCAAGAAAAACGUUAAUAAAAGACCAAGUUACACUAUACGCAACUCAAAAGAAUACUAUACGAGUUGAAUUAAAAUGCAUUUUACUGGAUAACUUAAAAUUGAGAAUAAAAUGACUUUUACAACUUUUGGUUUUACGACAAAGUACACAUAAACUCUUUCAUUAUUAAUUCAGUAGCAAAUAUAUAGGUACCUACUAUUUAACAUAAAACUUUUUUUUUUGUUUUUAAUGUUUACCAUAUUAUAAUAAAAUUCGUUGAGUUUUUAAAAUUGUUCUGACUAAACAAAACCAUUUUACUCACAACGAAUUUUAUUCUGAGCUGUGAAAUAUACACUCUUUAUCUAUUGUGUUAUUGAUUUUAUACAAAAAAAUAAAAAUUACCAACACUCAUUUAUUUUCAAUGGCUAUUUGAAUAAUGGCCAAACUCUUGAUAUAAUAAUAUACUAUAAAUAUUAUAUUGAUUAAUCUGUGACAAAAAAAAAAAAAUCGUUGCGAAUAAUAAUUAUAGAUAAUAGUAGGUAUGGGUAUAAAAAUAUUAUGUGUUGGUAUAGCUGAAUGUUUAUAAAAAUGAAAACAAUAACAACUACAGAAAUUCUAUUACGUGUCGUUUUAUAUUGAAAAGGUAAUACUUCUAAAAUAUGUUGGGAUUUGUGUUUUGACAUAUUUCUAAGUCCUAUACAUACGCAUGCUAUAUACGAACGUUUCGGUUGGCUUUUGGGAUUUCCAACCUGCACGUGUACGUAAUAAAAUAUUUUGUGUUUGGUUUCUAGAACAAUUUCCUGUUUCACAGAACAUCUCCUGACGGUAACGAACUGUGGAUGUACAAACGUUUGAAGGGAGAAAACACAACUGUAGACUCCCCUCAUACUUACACGGGCGCUGGAGGUCUUGUGAUACGCGACGAUCAUUUGUUAGUCGUCAAAGAGCACCACAAUCCAUUUUGGAAAUUGCCCGGAGGUUAUGUAAAUCCUGGUAAAUGGUUUUCUACUUUUAUGAGGUUUUUUCUCGAUUGUUGUUAGUUUUUUUUUUUUUUUUUACAUAUUCAUUAAGUAAUCAGUGUAAUUAAAUAAAAAACAAAUGGUAAUUAUAUAUUCUACACAAAAAAUUAUAAUUGGUGAAAGUAAAUAAAAAUGGAAUAAAACAGAUUUUCCUGUAAAAAAAAAACUCAUAGAUAUACAUAAUACAUGACCUAACCGAUUAAGUAGGUCGUCGUCAAAAAAAUGUCGAUCGUAAAUUUUGUGUUUCAAUUUAUUUCCGUAUAGUUUAUAUGUCCCUAUCGAUCUGGCUAAUUUGGAUUGAAAAAAAAUAAAUAUAAAUUACAAAUCGCCAUCGAAUGCGAGUACAAUCCGCUCAAAGUAGAGCAUAUCGUAAUCAUAUAGGUUAAUUAAAAAUCGUUCUAUACUUUUAUCUGUGUUUUUUUUCGUAUUCGAGGAUACCUAGUGCGAUGCCCGGUUAGAUAUCAGAACAAAAAUAUUAUAUUUUUGUUAUUAUUAUUAUUUAUAUGAUUAUUAUUAUACCUGUAGGUACAUAAUAAAUCUGUUAUUAUUAUUAUUAGAGAUGCAAGCUAAACAAUUUUCAUUCGUACAUAUUUUUUUUUUGUUUUUAUUGAAAUUUUCAAUUUUUUUUAGAUGAAUCAAACUGAUCUAUAAAUUCAAUACUGGGUACUGUAAUAUUUUUAUUCACUUUUGAGGAUUUUUUUUUUUGAUUGAUGCGUACGGUAUUUCUAAUUUUAUUUAUUUAAAUAAAACUGAGUACCUACAGAAUAAUUUAAAGUAAUUUUUAAUAACUUCUCCAAAAAAAUUAGUUCGCUUAAAAUUAUGAAAAUAACUCUAAUAAAAACAACAAUGGUGAAAUCGACAAUGAUAAAGAACGUUUAAACAUUCAUACUGAAGUAGAAAAACAAAAUGUUAAUACGGGUUUUAAAUAUAAUUAUGUUGGUUGAACAUACUAUUAUUAUACAUCAUAGGAUUUAUCUGAUAAGUAAUGUAUAUGAUAACAUUUUCAUGAAAAUUUUAAGAAAAAUGUACACCAAUAAUUAUUAUCACAAUUGAUAAAUCGUGUUCGUGUUCUUUUUUUUUAAUAAUAUAAUAAACAUUAACCCGAAAUCCGAUAUUUUUUGUUAAAACUGCUGCUUAUGUACUGACCCAUAAUUUGUACACGCAUAUUCUUUUACAAUACCUAAAAAUAUUAUACUCCGUUUCAAUUUUCGUGAAUAAAGGUUAUAAAGUAACACGCACACGUGCGUUCCGAUAAAUAAAUAUUAUUUACGACAGACGAUAGUAGUUGUAAAGUGGAUUACCUAUAAACUUACAUUAUAAAAAAAAAUCUGGACAAGUUUAAUUUAAAAAUCAGACUCGUCGAAAAGCGUUAAACAUAGAAUUCUGAAAUAAUUUCAUUAUUUUAAGACACUAAGAGAUACGUAUACGAGAUACUUACAAUUCUGUUUGUUUGUUUUUUGAAUACUUGUUUUUUUAAAUAAAUUAACCUGAGUAACAUGUAUCAGAAUUUUAGAGAUGUUGUUAUCAUUGAUUCCUUUGUAUUUUAGUUUUGUCGUUUUAUUAUAUUUUUUUUCUCUUAGGAGAAAAUAUCGGCGAUGCUGCUAUUCGAGAAGUUUUCGAGGAGACAGGCAUCACGGCUGAAUUCGUCUCUUUAGUGGCGUUUCGGCACGUUUUAAGCGGAAGUUUCGAUUGUGCUGAUAUGUAUUUCGUCACAAACUUACGACCGUUAACUUUCGACAUUGUGAUUGAUAAAGAGAUAUUAGACGCCAAAUGGAUGAAGGUAAUUUAGAAUUGUUUUACCUUCGACGGGAACGCUUUAAAAAAAAACAUAAUAAUAAUAAAAAAAAAAGUGAUGUCAUUAAGCCCGUUUCUCCCUUUCAGAUUUAUGACACUUUUUAAUAACCCUCUUGGUCCCUUCCGACAAUUGAAUUACCUACCUACCUAAUCCUACUGCAGAUGCUAAUCUAUCAAAUUAACACUUUCCGUUGGGUCGUUAUCUCUUAACUUUAGAUUGCUUCAAUGGGCAUUAUCCCUUUAUAUUGAAUGCUAAAAAAAAAAGUAUCAUCCCGAAAGUCGAUAUUUCAAGAGUACCUAUACAAAGUUUUAAGGGUAUUUAAAUGAAUAUUCCGGUAAAUUUUUACGAACAUUAAAACUUUUGUAUUCAACUAAAACAAACACAAAUUGUAUAAAAUCAUUAUUUUUCAAACGAUGUUAUUUUAAAUUGCCCCGAUCAUCUAAUCGGAAUAGUUUUAUAAUUUAAAUAAAUAUUCUAUUGUAAUUAAUUUUAAUAUUUAAUUCUGAUAUUGAAAAAGAAAUAUUGAUUUUGUAAUAUCGUUCAUCUAUAUUUUAUAGAAUAAAUCAUAAUAUAAUAUUGCGUAUUGCAGGAGUGCAUUAUUCUUAAAAGAAAAUGUAAAAAUCAUUAAAUUCUUUGAAUAGGUAUUUUGUUUUGUUCUCAGAAAUUAUAAAAUAAAAUAGCGUCUAUGUUAAUCCUAUGUGAAAAACCAUACAUUUAUUGCAUGUAAGUUAAAUACUUUAAAUUUUAAAUGAAAUCCUAUAAUUCGACCAAUGUCAAAUAAGGUGUUCAAGAUUCUUGUUAUUUUAUUUAUCAAAAAAUACAAUAGAGUUUUAAACAAUUCUGGAAUUUUUUUUUAUAAAUGUUUCAAACUAACCAAUUACUCAUGCGCGUUUAAAUUUUUAAUUCAAAUAUUUGCCAAAAUCUCAAUAUCUAUGUAUUAAUCGUACGAUAACGACUGAAUAAUAAAAAUAGAUCUGGAAAUAAUGUACCUAUAAUAUAUAGGCGUACAAGUAUCUAAUAUUCAUUUUUUUGUAAUACACAUUUCAUAUUCCUGUCUAGUUUAUUCGUAAACAGUAUGUAUAGACAUCCAUCGUCUAUUGCAUUAUUAUUUGUUAUACCUAUUAUUAUUAUUAUUUGUUCUCUAGUUGGAAGACUUUUUCACAAGCUCCGAUGUCGGCCAACACAGUCGUUCUUUCGUUAAAACAUUUUUAGAAAAUCGUGAAAACGGCGUCGAGAUAAAACACAAUAAAAUGGUCCAUCAAUUGAGCAAACGGGAAUAUAUCGAAUAUAUUCCGUUUGCAAGAUCUUAAAAAGGUUUGGAUAAAAUACGAUUUGUUUGCAACAUUAUCGUAUUGUUUUUUAUAGUUUUCGUUAUUUUACUAGCAUACUCAAAUAUACGUACUGUAUUAUUUGCUCAACAAAAAAAAAAUAUAUACUUAUAUAUCAGGUACAUUAUGUUUGUUAUUUUACCAUAAGCACAUUGCACCGUAUGUAUUUUAAUUAUUUUCUAUAGCCGGCACGAGCAAUUCAAAUAUUUUUCGUGAAAAAUACAAUUUCACAGUAAACAAUAUAUAAUACGCGCCAAUCGAACACACGUAUGUGUGUGUGUGUGUGUGUGUGUGUGUGUGUGUAUAUGUUUUUUUUAAUUAUUGAAUAAUAAUCAUUAUUAUUACUGAUACCUAUACCUACUUAAUAAUAUUAUAAUACUGGAGUGCCAACUUAUUUACAGAUACACGCGCUUUUUUUAUUCCGAACAAAAUAUAAUAUCACAUUUGUACAUAAUAUUAUAAUAACAAAAAAGAAAAAAAACUAUCCAAUUACAUUUUUUUUUUUUUUUUUUUUUUUUUUGCUUUUAUAUGGUUUUAAUAUUGUUAUUAUAUGUAAUAUGUAAACACAGUUUGUACGUAUUAUGCGGAACAUGUCGCAAACACCAAUUAAUACCUACACAACACCUAUCUGUAGUUACCGGAUCGUAUGACCGUAAUCUGAAAUAUGAAUAUUAAGGAACGAAAUAAGCGUACUUUGAUCUGUGGAUUUAUA